CGCCGCUUGUUUGCUCGCUCGCGGGAACGGGGAAUCUCGCGCGGUUUCUGAGAGCGCGCGAAACUCAGUCUGGCCGGGAUGGCGUAUUGGAGAGGCGGCGGGCGGCGUCGCCGGUGGGGAACGGAGGCCCCCGCAGAAGGCGGCGAGGGAGAGGCGCCGCCGCGGUGAGGAAAGGGGGGCGGAGGGGCCCCCUCAGAACAUGUACAGAGUGUCAUUUGGCAGGAAUUGGGGCUUUUAUGGGCGGGUGGGGAGCACCUGAGCAUGUGCAGAGUGCGUUCGCCGCAAGUGCAGAGUUGCCCCUGAACUUGUGCAGAGUGCAUUUCUUCCGAAUCCGUUGGGGAAGGGAUUGGCAUUUGUGGAUCCUCUGUACAUGUGCAGAGUGCAUUCACGGUCACAGGAACCCGGAUGUACUCAUAGUGUAUUUCUUGGGAAAGGGAUUGGCAUUUGUGUAAGAACAUGGAAAAUAACUGCCCUGAGACCUCCGGGUACAGGGCGGUAUAUAAAUUCAAUUAAUAAUAAUAAUAAAAUUAAAUUCCCCAGAGUGACAGGGGAAACCUAGCCAGAUGGGCAGGGUAUAAAUACAAUUUGUAUUUUAUUUUAUUUUAUUUUAUUUUAUUUUAUUUUAUUUACACCCCACAUAUCUGACUGGGUUUCCCAGCCACUCUGGGCGGCUCCCAACAGAAUAUUAAAAACACAAUAAAACAUCAAACUUUACAAACUUCCCUAAACAGGGCUGCCUUCAAAUGUCUUCUAAAAGUCAGAUAGUUGUUUAUUUCUGAUAGUUGUUUAUUUCAGAUAGUUGACAUCUGAUGGGAGGGCGUUUCACAGGGUGGGCACCACUACCGAGAAGGCCCUCUGCCUGGUUCCCUGUAACCUCAUGAUAAUAAUAAUCUGGGUAUAUGAACCUGAAAAUGUAUCCCAGAUUGGAUCUCCUUAACUACUAGAAGGAGCUAUAGGCCAGAACCUUUUCCAUAGUGCCUCACUCCCAUCGAUCCCAAGUGGGAUCAGACAAGCCCCAUUGCACGCUAAUUUAAUUAAUUUCUGUAUAUUAUUAUUAUAUUUCUAUAUUGCCCUUCAUCCGAAGAUCCCAGAGUGGUUUUCAAUAUAAAAACACAAAGAUGCAUAACGUAGUAACAAAACAAACCAAUAAACCCCCACAUACAGUUUAAAGGACCAUAUAUUAUUUAAUUAGCCAAAGGCCUAGGAGAACAGGAAUGUUUUUACCUUAAACAAGAUUUUUAUGGGCUUUGGGAAUAAUUAAAAUAUGCAAGGUGGGCGUUAUUUUUAAGCUCCACCCCCCCCCCCCGUUUAUUUUGUAGUGUGUUACUGUAUAACUUGGUUAGAAAUGGAUAUUUUAAAUGUUUAAUUAUUUGCUGUAUUUUUAAUGGGUUUGUGCUGUAUAUGGCUGCAAACUGCCUUGGAAGGCAUUUUUGCCUAAAAAGUGGUUUUAAAAGUCUAUUAACUAAAUAAAAUAAUGUCAAAGAGCACCUGCCAUUUUUGUCAACAAAUGAAGGCGUCUCGGAUGCCUGCAAUGGGUUUUUCCUAUAGUAUCUAGAGCUGAAGUAAACACCAGCCUGUAAAAUAAACACACACAAAAGUGUGUACAGAGAACAUGUACAGAUUGAAUUUCCCUCACCCUUGAAAUUUUUCGGCUCUUGGUCCUACAACCUGUUUUUUGUUGCCAUGGGUGAUCAGUUUUUAUUUUUCAUUAAAUGUAUUUAUUUGAAGCAUUUUGUGUCUUGCUUUAUCUGAAAAAGCUCAGAACAGCUUGUGAAAAUCAGUAAUAAGGUAAAUUAAGUAAGCGUGAGUAAUUCCCACGCCAAUUUUACAUUAUAAAAUACAGUUAUUUACGCUAGUUGGAGAAUAAAGUAUUUUUAUCUCCAACCACUAGUAAAUCUAUUUGCUUCUAGCUUAUGGGGUAUUCAAACAUAUUUUUGCAGCCUUUAGGACUAGAAGCCUGUUUUUCCUUUUUUUUAUUUGAAAGUUGAGUCAUGGGGAACCCACUUAUGUCCCUGGCUACAACCACUUCGGUAAGCUGUGUAGCAAAAGUUUUUUUUCUUUUCACUGUUCUCAGUGUUUGCUCCAGCUUCUGUUUUAUGUGGUGCUGAUGUUUCUUCCCUUCUCUUGCCACAGGGAUGAUAGCGCCUCGUUUUCUGCCCUCAAGCGUUUGGAGCGCACCCAGUGGACUGACAAGAUCGAUGCGCAAUUCGGGUUUGAGAGGAUGAAAGAACCAGGCGAAAGGACAGGAUGGUUGAUCAACAUGCACCCUGUGGGUACCGGCACGUUUUCCUUUAGCAUCUCAUGUGUAAAGCUCAUACAUGAUUGUUUUGCUAAAGAGCCUGUGUUCAGCAGCAGCAGCAGCAGCAGCUAGAGUAUUGGGCUAGGACCUGAGAGACCAGGGUUCAAAUGCCUUCUCGGCUGUUCUGGUGAUAAAAGGGGACAGGGAGAGCCAUAGAUGCCACCUUCAGUUCCUUGUAAGAAAUGAAAUAACAAUAGCAUGCUUAAAUUAGUUUAUUUCUGUGGUUGCCAUGGAGGGAGGUGUGAGAAAUUGAAUUAAGAGCAGGCCAUUCCAAAGACGGCGUCAUUGGAAGGUUCAUUAUGGAGAAUGAAUGUUGUCUGCAGUUGGCUAAGAUAGGGACAGAAAAUGACAUUUGAUUUUACUGCCCCAGUUGAAAAAUCUACUAAUAAGGUUCAUUGCAUGACUAUGCUUAGCCCCACUCACUUGUCCUGUCAGGGUGACAUCACAGUAAUACACUGUAUGAUGCAACAAACCCCAGAUUGCCCUUAAUGUUACUCAAGAAUUUCUCAAUGUCAACCUAAACAGCCUGGAGCCUUCAUUUCACCACACAGGCAGCUUAGUACUUCACACAAUUAAAGUUUUAUACGGCUUAUCUGUGGUUACUUUUCCUCCAUUCUUUCCAGGCGUGGCCCGCAAUUUAAAGCUUCAUGUCUGAGCACCCUUUUUUUCCCCUCCAGACUUUUCCCCAUGAAAACUCGCUCUUUAAAGCUCAAUCAGAGCAAAUGUUAAAUUCAUGGAAAACGUGAAUUGAUGUUUCCUCUGAUUGAACUUUAAAGAGUGGGUUUUUGCAGGGAAAGUUCAGGGCAAAUGAAAACACUUAGACAUAGAGCGGAGCAAAAGGUAAGUGUGAAUAAACUCAUGGCUGAUGUAACUCUUCGCUUAAAUUGAGUCCUGAAACGAUAUAAAGGGACAACAACAUGAAAUUAAAAUGAAAAUUUCUUUUUCAAGAAACGAUGUGAUUCCAGGACACUGAGAAUCCUGCUCCAAGGUGAAACAUUGCUAUUAUUGGUAGUCGCAGAUUAGUACAAGUAAGGAGUCGGACAACAAUAUAGACGUAAAAUGAAGAGUCCUAUGUUGAGGAAAUGGCAUUGUCUGUCUGUUUGAUUGAUCUUGCUGCCCUUGUCUGAUUUAGACGGAGGUGUUAGAUGAGGAUAAACGUUUGGUCAGCGCUGUGGAUUACUAUUUCAUACAGGAGGACGGAAGCAGGUUUAAGGUGAGUCCAGCAGAGCAGUGUGAGACCAAUUAAUGGCAGACCACAUUAAGAGCCUACUGGAAAUUUGAGGAGGGAGCGGGGGGGGGGGGGACAUUUUAACGUACGCCAAAUCAAGCUUCUCGCCUCCCUUUCGAUGUGGGAGUCUGCAGAGCAGUGGUUUUCAUACUAUGUCUUCGUGAGCCCAGAACCCAGAGAGUGAUCUAAUUUGGCCUAUUUAUUUAUCUUCUAUUCGUAAACAAAGCUAAGCUGUCAACUGAGCCUGAUGUUGUACUUACAAUUCAUUGUUGCUACUGAACUUAAAAAAUUGAAAAUCUUCCACAGAAAAGUUAAGCACCAGAAAACUUUUCAGUACAUUUUCCUCCCUGCCUUCGUAAUGUAUGAUUGCGUGGGGCUCACUAUUUUUUGUUUGUUUCCUAGGUGGCACUGCCCUAUAGGCCAUACUUCUACAUUGCAACCCAAAAGGUUAGUAUAGACAUCCCAGAGACUUGUACCUGAAACUGCAAUUCUUGAAUGAACCCUUCCACCAUUUGAAAUGCUUUAGCUCUAAGCAUGCCAUACAAGGAAGGAGGAGGGAUGAGGCAGGCUGAAAAGCUCUGAUUUCAUGACCACUAUGCUUGGUUUGUGAUUUAACACUGAAGGGGUUCCUUGGAAAUGAAGGGCUCUCAAUGAGAAGCUUAGCUGCUGGUGAGCCUCUGAGCCCAAUUCAAGGGCUCAUACUACCAUAUAAGGUCCUAAAUGGGUUGGGACCCAAAUACCUAAAAAUAUCCCAAUAUCAACAAUCUUGUUGGGCAGGUGAGGCCUUGUUGCCGGUGCCAUCACCGGGGGCUGCCUAGCUGGCGUUAACACAUCACAGGGCUUAACACAUGACUUCUGAAUAAGUUGCAGUAUUGGGGGCUUUUCAGUUUAGAAAAAGGGGAUGCACAUUGAUAGAGGCGUUUAAGGCGGUGUGGAGGGACUGGAAGUUUCCCUCUUGGGGAAACAGCGGGGUCACGUCCAAGGAACGUCGGAAGAGACGCAUCCAAGGACUUCUCGGUGGUAGUUCCCCAUUUGAGGAAUGCCCUUCCUGCUGAAGUGUGUUUGCUUCCCUUGUUGUAGACAUCCAGGAGGUGAUUAAAAACAUCCAUGUCCUGUCUCCCCUCCCCCCGGCAUUUGAUGGCUGACAUGCACUGUUCCUGGCAGCCCUAAGAUAACUGGCUGAUAGCAUGUUUUUAAACCGUAAAAAAAUAAAGAAAGAAAGACUAUGGAUGUGUUUGCUCUUUCAGGAGGACUGCUAGGGUAUAAAUGAAAUAAGUAAUAAUAAUCAGUAAUGGGUGUCUUUUUUGAAGCUUGCCUAGCACUACUGCAAUGUCCAAUUUCAGGAGAUUGUUGGGCACAUUUUAGUUGCAUUCUCAGAUCAACAGGGAGGCCCAGCAAGGCAAAGCUUCCUACUUGAUUUGAGUGGACCCCUUCCAUUGGCCUAAAUUCCUCCACAGUGUACAAGGCUGACCUUUGACACCUGGUAGACAGCUAUAGGAUCCCCUCCAGUCUUCUAGCUGUGAAUUGUUUUAACUGAUUCUGAUGCUAUAAUUCUGGGACCUUAUGGUGAAGGUAGGGUAAAAAAAUCCAGCUUAUAACAAUUGUUUAGACUAUACUACGUGGCAACUGUUCCCUGAGGAUAGAGCGUGUGGAAAUAAUUAUGAUUGUGUGGGGUUUGGGCCUGUGGCCUCUCUUCUUAGCGUCGCUGAUGCCUGGUUGUCUCUUCAGGGUUGUGACCGAGAAGUGUCGUCCUUCCUUUCCAAGAAGUUCCAGGGCAAAAUAGCAAAACUGGACACUGUACCCAAAGAGGACUUGGACCUGGUGAGAAAUGCCUUUGCUGAUACGGCUGUAAAUGUUUUAGUUGCCCAAGCAUUUAGGAAAGGAGGGGUGAAUUGAUGGAGUAUGCAGAGAUGGCAAAACUGACGGGGAAGAUCCGAAACCAGGAAGAUGCAAGCAUUUUCUAAAGACUGGAGUAAAUACGUAAUUUAUUGAAACAUGUAAUUUACCCCUGUAAACAGGGAUGUAAUAACACUUGUAAUGUGGAAUUAUUUAUGAUAAUUGUGGUUAUAUAACAAAUGGAUACAUGGAACCCAUGGAGGGAGGGAAGGAGGUCCGAAGGUUCAAAAGAACCUUGUAUUUUAAUGUUUGAAACGGUUAUGUUUUAUACGUAUAAAAUUAUUAAAAACUCAAUAAAAAAUUAUUGGGGGGGGGAGAGGAGGGGUGAAGGGGUUCCAAAAAUCUGUGGUCUACAAGCUUCCCCUUUCUAAGUGUGACUCCAACAUUGUGCUGACAUCGUUCAGCACCAGGCAAAUAGUUUUUCGUUUCCCCCUUUUUUUCUUUGCUAUUUGUACAUCACCUUGAAAUUUGUGUGUAUGUAAGACAAUUAAUUGGGACGCGGGUGGCGCUGUGGGUAAAAGCCUCAGUGCCUAGGACUUGCCGAUCGAAAGGUCGGCGGUCGAAUUCCCGCGGCGGAGUGCGCUCCCGUUGCUCGGUCCCAGCGCCUGCCAACCUAACAGUUCGAAAGCACCCCCGGGUGCAAGUAGAUAAAUAGGGACCGCUUACUGGUGGGAAGGUAUACGGUGUUUCUGUGUGCUGCGCUGGCUCGCCAGAUGCAGCUUUGUCACGCUGGCCACGUGACCCGGAAGUGUCUCCGGACAGCGCUGGCCCCCGGCCUCUUAAGUGAGAUGGGCACACAACCCUAGAGUCAGACACGACUGGCCCGUACGGGCAGGGGUACCUUUACCUUUAAGACAAUUAAUUAAUGGUAAUCACCCCUCUAGUCUUCAGUUGGUAUUAUUUUGCUUCAUCUUUACUUCCUCCCCCCACUAGUCCACACACAUCUCUUAAAUGAAUUCUUCUUUAAAGCUUGCCUUCUUUUAAUGCUCUCUCUCUUUUCCUUUCAGCCAAAUCACCUGGUCGGCCUGAAGCGGACCUACCUCAAGCUUUCUUUCAACACGGUGGAUGACCUGGUAAAGGUGCGCAAGGAGAUCACACCUGCUGUGAAGAAAAACAGGGAACGGGACCAAGCGAUGGACACUUACACCGCUAUGCUGACCAGGUAGAGGAGCUGCCUUAGGCCCACUGUCAUUUCCAUUUGGACUGAGUCAAAAAGACCCAUUUGAGCUGUCUUGCGGUGAUGGAGAACGUCCAUACUGUGGGCCAGAUUGUGCCCGCCAGGUCUCCCCAUUUGGCCCGCCAAACUGCUUUGGCCAAAGCACAGCCACAUGCCUUACAUCUGAGGUCCUAUAUGACAUCAGUAAUGGAGCGGAUAAAGACAUGCCUGGUCCAAAAGGGGCUUUGCAGGCACUGCUGAUCACUGGGGCUUCUAAAGUGUUGUGCUUUUGCUGGCAUGGUUUAACUUAAAUGCAUGGGUAAAUGCAGGUUGCCUGACAUCACUGUGAUGACUUGUGGUAGACAGGUGGGGGAGACAAGGCCCACCGCGAACAGAUGCAGUUCCCUGUGAAAAAAAUAUUUGAUUUUAAAUAAAAUAAACAAAAUACAAACAAUUCAAAGUCAAAAUACCAAGAUUACUCUGAAUCUUCUGACUUCCCCCCCAUCCUUUCCAUGGGUCCUAAUGAUAAUACUUACAACUGGAUAUCAAUAUUUAGAAGAGUUUGGAUUUGAUAUCCCACUUUAUCACUACCCGAAGGAGUCUCAAAGCGACUAACCAUCUCCUUUCCCUUCCUCCCCCACUACAAAUACUCUGUGAGGUAAGUGAGGCUGAGAGAUUUCAGAGAAGUGUGACUAGCCCAAAGUCACCCAGCAGCUGCAUGUGGAAGAGCAGGGAAGCGAACCCAGUUCACCAGAUUAUGAGUCUACCGCUCUUAACCACUACACCACACUGGCUCUCUGUGAAAAAAAUUAUCCAAAUUUUUAUCGUCCUAAAUUACCCAUACUUUCUGUUACUUUACAAGUGUGGUUAAAAUCCUGCUAAUGUUUUAACCUGCUUACAGUGGUCUCGUAUGUAAAUUAUAAACUUUUCCCAUUCCUUACUAAAUUUCUUGUCUUCUUGAUUUCUGAGCUUCCCAGUUAAUUUUGCCAUUUCGGCAUAAUCCAUCAACUUGGUUUGCCAUUCUUCUCUAGUCAGGGUUGUUUCUUCCUUCCAUCUCUGGGCUACAGACAGAUGCAGUUCCCUAUCCCUGCUCUAUUGCUUCCUCCUCACAGAGUUUCUGGCUUAUUAGAAAUGAGGUGUGUGUGUUUGGACUUGCAAGGGAUUAUCCUGGUGCAACCCAGACAGGUGAUCUGCUGCCCUAGUUACUAGUCCAUGAGCUGGGAGUGUCCCCAGCAAGCCUCAAACAUUUCUUCCAGGCUCUGCCCAGACUCGUUGCUGCCAAGCCAAUAGGGCUGCUUUCCUCUGAUGAUCUCUCAUCCUUUGGCUCUCCCAUCAAGCAAGCCACAAAGCUUACAGAGCCAAACAUCUGGAGGCUCCAUAAAGAAGAUUUCUGCAUCCAAGUGGGAGACUGGAAGAACCAGAUCAUGGGCCUUAAAUGUGGUUUAUGCACAUUUCUGAGUGAUGGGGAAAGAAGCCCCAGAGAUCAGCUCCUGCACUGCUGCAACUAUCAAUAGUAGUAAUCAUCAUCAUAAUUAUACCGCUGAUAUGCCAAAAUGGCUUCUAAGCCAUUUACAGUUGCAGAACAAUACUUCACUUGCCUGUCAAUCCUGUGUGCAGGUAGUCCUGAUAAUCUAAACCAGCUCCUUCUCCUUUGCAGUGCCCUUGCUGGGAACAGCCUGUCCAGCAAGGAAGAGGCUCCCUCCAAGAAGACUGCUGACCAGAUGGACAACAUAGUGGACAUGCGGGAGUACGACGUCCCCUACCACAUCCGCCUGUCGAUUGAUCUGAAGAUCCACGUGGUGAGCGGCAACUGGGGGAGACCUGCCUUCUUUCCUACCUUGAUUCCCGAACAGCUAGAUACAAAAGCAUUGUGCCAAAAGUUCUAAAAAUGCAUUUCCAGAUUUUUAAUUGUGGCGGGUAGGGGUUGAGCCUUUGCUACUGGCUGUGGACCCUACCUUGGCGUGACUCUCCCGGUCCCUCUCCUCCCAUGACAGGCUCACUGGUACAAUGUCCGCUACCGAGGCAGCAGCUUCCCUCCUGAAAUCACCCGCCGAGACGACCUGGUUGAACGGCCAGUGAGUAUUCCUGUGGGGCAGAGCUCCUGUCUCAGCACCUGUGUGUGUGUGUUUCCUUCAAUUGCCAGCUUUGUUUUGGUUUAUUAUGCUGCAUCUGUCACCAAUAGCCAAAUGUCUUCAGGAUUCCUGGGUGCUGUGUGAGUCUACAGUCUGGGUGGGGAACCUGAGGCCUAAGGGCAGAAUGAGGCCCUCCCUAGUUUAUCUGUUUUGCCCCUCAGGACUCUCCACGGGCCACACCUCUGGCCCAACCCGCUGUUAGCAUUUGGCCCUCAGAAAGUUACCCAUAAAGGCAUGUGGCCCUCAAGCUGGAAAAAACUGCCAGUCCCGGGCUCUUCUUCUUUGGCAAUCACUCGUAGCCGAGUAAGAUUGUCUUCCAUAAACACGGUUUUAACAGUGAGUCCGCAAGUGACUCUGGAGGCCAAUUCUGGAUCCACACGUCCUUCCACAGUGGGGCGGGACAUAGGUUUCUGGGCAGGAGUUGAUCACAGUGAGGGUUUGUCAAGCGUGCCUUCCUCUUAGUUCGUUUCUCCCUUUCAUCCUGAGUUCGAGCGUCUUCAAAGUCUAUUACACCUUUGAUAAAGGCUGUUCUCCAACUGGAGCACUCACAGGCCAGUAUUUCCCAAUUUUCAGUGUUUAUACUACAUUUUUUUUAGAUUUGCCUUGAGAGAGUCUUUAAACCUCUUUUGUUGACCACCAGCAUUACAUUUUCCAUUUUUAAGUUUGGAAUAGAGUAGUUGCUUUGGAAGACGAUAAUCAUGCAUCCGAACAACAUGACCAGUCCAACGAAGUUGAUGUUGAAGAAUCAUUGCUUCGACACUGGUGAUCUUUGCUUCUUCCAGUACACUGGCAUUAGUUCGGCUGUCUUCCCAAGUGAUAUGUAAAAAAUUUCAGAGACACCGUUGAUGGAAUCUUUCAAGGAGUUGGAGAUGGGGUUGAUAAGUGGUCCAGGCUCUACAGCAUCCCAAAGCCUGUGGGCCCAAAUGUCUCUAGCGCCUCUAGCAUGGGCCAGGUGCACUUGCAGGAAGUGGAUUUUGCAGAUCAAGGGUGGAGAACCUGUGGCCUUCCAGCUGCUUAUUGGACUACAACUCCCAUUAUCCCUCUUGGCCACGCUAGCUAAGGAUGAUGGAAGCUGGAGUCCAACAAGAUCUGGAGGGCCAGAGGUUCCUGCAUCCCUCUUGUUGAUGAAGAGAUGUUAUUGAUGUAUUGCCCUGAGUGGAGCCCAGCAUCCAGUAGUGACUUGGAAAUUCCAAUUCUUCCUAGGAUCCUGUCGUCCUGGCCUUUGACAUCGAGACCACCAAACUCCCUUUAAAGUUUCCUGAUGCAGAAACGGACCAGAUCAUGAUGAUCUCCUACAUGAUUGAUGGCCAGGUAAAUCAGGGCAGCCGCCUCAAUGACUAGUGGGGUUGCAGAACAAGCCAGAAUAAAUACCCCCCUUAAGCCAUAGAAAUGGAAGAGUUUGGAACAGCAGGCGGCCCUGAACUUCUGGCUCCCAAUUGAAGCAUAGAACAGGAGUGGAUUGGGUAGGUGCUUGUGGUGGGGUGGAGAGAGAGUCUACCCUGGGUUUUGUUUUCAUAGUAAGGAUUUCCUACUCUGAACAUCUUAGUGAGAACUGAUAAGGUAACGUUGGUUUACUCUUUGUUCCUUCAGUUAAGCAAAAUUUCCCUUUCGCUUCUUUCUUCCCAGGGUUACUUGAUCACAAACAGAGAGAUCGUUUCAGAGGAUAUUGAAGAUUUUGAGUUUACUCCCAAACCGGAGUAUGAGGGGCCUUUCUGUGUCUUUAAUGAACCAGAUGAGGUAGGUAGGCUUAAUUUUGAAGGCCAGUUUCCCCUUAAAAUCACAAUACAGUGAAAUCACGGAAUUCAAUUGGAGUUGGAGUUGCAGGUCCCGUUUGUUACCUUUAGCGACAUGAGUGUGUUCUGCAUAGCCUUCGUUUUGCUUGUAAGCCUGAAGGCAAAGACUAUCUUGUUUUGUGUGUAAACCACUCAGGGAGCCCUUUUCUUCUUCUUUUGGCAGAAGAGCAGGGUACACAAAUGCUGUAAAUAAAUAUAGAAAAGGGGGGUUCUAUAUAUACUGCUCCCUGGUCUCCCCAUCCCAUUAUUUUACCCUCUCCGGUCACCAGACUAGAUAAUUUGGAAAUUUGAACAAACCACCAUGCAGAUAAAUGCACCUUUCCCAAUGGUUGCAGAAUGUGAGAGGUGGUGUUUGGUGGACACACAUGGUACCUUUGGUUCCCUGGCAGAAAAGCUGGUCAUCAUAAGAACCUAGCAGGAGAGGGGAUUAUUGGUUUGUUGUUGUUCAUAUUUUUACUAGGUAUUUUGUGAUUUUUAUAUUGUAAUUUUAUGUUGUGAACUGCCCUAUGAGCUACAGAUGAAGGGAAGUAUGCGCAUCUAAUUAACAACAACAACAACAAGCAUCUGGACCAUUGACAAUAAAUGACCUUUUAAAUUUGUUUUCCCUCCUCUUGUUUUAAAAUCAGGCCCACCUCAUCCAGAGGUGGUUUGAACAUGUUCAGGAGACCAAGCCAACCAUCAUGGUGACAUACAACGGAGACUUCUUUGACUGGUAAGAAUUGAGCGAACUCAGUUCUUGAGCCUUGUGGGUGUCCAGCUUUUUAAAUGUUUAAAAAUUAUAUUGGGUAAUUUUCAUUUUAAUGGGGAAACCAUGCUUUACCUUCUGGGGAACCGAGCUGGCCAGCAAACCUGCUUGCUCACCUGCCCUCCCCCUGCAAUGACCAGCUGCAGGAAUUUUUUGUUGCAAUGCCUAAAUAGUGAGAUCUGUAGAAGCUCCCUGGCUUAUUUUGCUUUAUCUGUCUCCAGGCCCUUUGUGGAAACCAGAGCAGCAGCUCACGGGAUGAAUAUGCAGCAGGAGAUCGGAUUCCAAAAGGACAGCCAGGGGGAAUACAAAGCUCCUUCGUGCAUCCACAUGGAUUGUCUCAGGUACAUGAUGCCUAGCCCCGCUCACCAAUCUCUUUCUUGGGGCUUAGUCUGAUGGAGGUGGGAAAGGGCCCAGCCUUCAUGGCACACCCAGAGAAAACAAUUUGUAUUUGGCACCUCGCUGCACCAUGCUUUUGACUGUUGCCCCAUCCGCACUCUAUAUUUAAAGUGAUGUCAUGCCACUUCGAAGAACCUUUGCCUUCUUCGAAGAACCUCCUCCAAAGAAUCCUGGGGAAAGCAAUUUGCUAAGAGUGCUGCUGUUCUGCUUUUGGGGUCUUCCAUUUGUCACUCAGUAGUUCCUGACAGAGUCAGGAAGGAUGGCAACACUGUAUAUGUUUUUUUCCCCACUGUCCGGCAGUUAAUAUUGCAUGACCGUCCCUCAUUUCUGAUUAACAUGCGUACAAAAGCAAAGGAUGCUUCAUUGCUACACUUGUACCCUUUGUCUGGGGGACGCAGGUGGCGCUGUGGGUUAAACCACAGAGCCUAGGACUUGCUGAUCAGAAGGUCGGCGGUUCGAAUCCCCACGACAGGGUUAGCUCCCAUUGCUCGGUCCCUGCUCCUGCCAACCAAGCAGUUUGAAAGCAUGUCAAAUUGCAAGUAGAUAAAUAGGUACCGCUCCAGCAGGAAGGUACAAGGCAUUUCCGUGCGCUGCUCUGGUUCGCCAGAUGCGGCUUAGUCAUGCUGGCCACAUGACCCAGAAGCUGUACGCCGGCUCCCUCGGCCAAUAAAGUGAGAUGAGCGUCUCAACCCCAGAGUCGGCCACGACUGGACCUAAUGGUCAGGGGUCCCUGUCCCUUUACCUUUACCCUUUGUCCAGUGCUGAUCUGCCCAGAACAGUACGGAUCACAUUAGACACAAUCCUUUCUAUUUCGUGAGUUGUCUUCUCCUUUUGUUUUCCUUUGGCUGGGGUGCGUCAGGGAGAAAACAGGAACCAAGCGCUUCAGUUGUACUUUUUCAAUAAAUAAAUAAAUAAUACUCUUUGAAAAGAAGCCUCUACCAUUUCAUUUGACACAAUCCCAACUAGACAUCAUGUUGUGUUAAGAUACAGCUUUAAGCAGCCAUGGCUACACACACACACACACACACACACACACACACACACACACAAGACACUGGGAACGGUAGUUUGUUAAGGUUAGCAGAUCCUAUUCCCCUCAGAGCUUCAGUUCCCAGAGUGGUUUAACAACCAAUCCCUCUACGCAGGGAACUUUUCACAUCAGACAGGGCCACGGUAAGGUGUAACGAACUAUCAACACGCCCAAGAAGCACCUACAGCAAACAAAAAGCAUGCCAAGGUUCUUCAGUAGAUAUUUCAGUUGGAGCAGGACAGAAGGUUCCCUGGAUAUAUAGGAAGUGGCCCUAGCCUUUGACUUGUAUUCCAAAGUAAGCUUAUGUUGACUCUGUCUCAUAAUACUUCUGCCCUGCUCCUUGUAAACUGGGCUGCCUCUCCCGAUUCAGCAACCAGUGCUGUGGCUUCUGUUGGCAGGUGGGUUAAGAGAGACAGUUACCUCCCAGUGGGAAGCCAUAACUUGAAAGCGGCAGCCAAAGCGAAGCUGGGCUAUGACCCCGUGGAGCUGGAUCCUGAAGAGAUGUGCCGGAUGGCUACUGAGGAACCUCAGGUACUUCGGUUACCCCUGUGCGAUUCUGUCGUGUGUUUUCAACUGGGAUCAGCCAUGGCGGAUUCCCAACAAUUAACGGCAGAGGUAAAAGAGAAGGGGUACUGGAAGGAGUUCCCUUGGCCUGCUGUGCCCCUAUGAGGCCCUGGCCAGAAUUCACCCUCCAACAUCCAGGAGGAUUGGAUAACAUGUAUAGGUAUUGUGCAGCUGUGGUUGCAAAUGUAACAUUUGAUGCAGUACACUCUGGCAUCCCUGCAGAAUCUAGAACAAUUUGGCUUUCGCUGUAAAAUAAAAUGCUAAUAGUUUGACAACCAGAGAGAGAGAGAGAGAAAUUUCUGCUGUAGACUUAGGAAUUGGAGAAGCUCUAAGGGAGGUUUCUGAUGUUCAAGGCUUGCUCUCAAUUCCAGCCCCAUCUGCCUUUGUGCAUGUGAUACUCCAGAGCAAUUUAGAGGGUUUAUGUGCUCCACACAGAGAAUCAUGGCUUUCUAGGUGCAGAAUGCUAGAUCUUUACAUUUAGGGAGCUAUUCCUUUAGGGCAAUCUUCUUUCCACAAUCAGUUUUUGUUACGUGGUAGAAUGUCAAGUGCCUCUAAAUGAUUAAACCACCAUCAGCCAACAUGCAUUGCACAGGCCAGCAAGGGAUAGUUGGGCAUCUGGACAAGCACCUAGAGACCUGUAGGCCUGGCUAGGGCAUAGCCGUGUAGCUUGCCUGUCUCUCUUGACAUUCUGCUCCCUGGCUUUCUAGGCUAAAGGCAAGAUCACACCAAGAGCUAGAAAAGCUAUCAGUCGAGUGUAGCCACUGUAUCGUAAUUUGAACUUGAUUUGUGACUCACUGGCCCAAAAGCUUGAUCACCAGUGGAUACAGCUUCUUAAAAGGAUAGUAAUAAUUGUGCUAUCAAAUUGGCUUUCAGCACAGACCAUUUUCCAUUGUUGCUGUUUUUUUAAUUGUUAACUUUUACAUGCAGCCAAUGAUCCUUUUUUCAGUCAGCACUCCCCAUAUAAAUCAAGCUGCUUAAAUGAAUAUUUGCAUGUAAGCAACAUGCAGACCUUUUCCUUGCUUGGGGAGGAGGCCGCGUUGAACUUACAGCGCCUGCUGAUGUUCUCCCUGCGCUCAGAUGGCAAGUUGCAAAAUGCUUCCAUGCUGCUUCCUUCUUUCCUCCAGACUCUGGCCACCUACUCAGUGUCCGACGCUGUUGCUACUUAUUACAUGUACAUGAAAUACGUCCACCCUUUCAUCUUCGCUUUGUGCACCAUCAUCCCCAUGGAGCCCGAUGACGUGAGUAGAGUGGAUCCCAAGGCUCAGUUGCUUCCUUAUUUUGUAAAAUUUAAACACCAGUUGAUUUAAAAAAAAAAAAAAAACCCAAAGCAGUUUGCAAAGAGAAUAAAACAAUAAAAUUAUUGGCAAAACAGAAGAGGGCCUUCUCGGUAGUGGUGCCCUCCCAUUAGAUGUCAAGGAAAUAAACAACUAUCUGACUUUUAGAAGACAUCUGAAGGCAGCCCUGUUUAGGGAAGUGUUUAAAGUCUGAUGUUUUAUUGUGCUUUUAAUUCUGUUGGGAGCCACCCAGAGUGGCUGGGGAAACCCAGCCAGAUGGGUGGGGUAUAAAUAAUAAAUUGUUGUUGUUGUUUAUUAUAGUAAAAAAAAAAAACUCUUUAAAACGCUUAUCAGAUAAAAUCAGCAAUAAGCUACAAACAGAUUAAGAGAUACACCAACAUUCUACAUGUCCGAGAAAGCUUGUCUGCACAAAAAUGUAUUUGGUAAUCACCAAAAAGAGUACAGUGAAGGUCUCAGUACUAAUGUAGAUUAUCUCACUAUAAGUGGCCCCUUGGUUGUUCCAAGAUUCCACUGUCAGACAGAUGUUUUUUAGUCUUUCAGGUUGGCCUGGGCAAUAUAUCAAAAUAUCGCCCAGGACCGGUAUGAGGAACAGCCCACGAUGUCAGCUUCACUCAGUGGUGUAUCACGGGUGAAAUCGCCACCCCUCCCAAGUCCCUCUGCUAGCAGCGUCUGCUAGAGUUCCUUCCAGCAGCGCUGCUAGCAGAGGGGACUCGGGAACGGUGGCGGUUUCACACACAAUACACCGCUGAGUGAAACUGCCACCACACUGCCCCUCAUACGAUGCAGAGGAAGAAACAAGCUGUGUCGGCGAGGCACCAAUACAGCUUUUUCUUCCUCUGCAUCUCUGAACUGCUCAACUGAGGAGUGUACAGCUGCCCUUACCUCAGCUGAACAGUUAAAGGCGCCCCCAGCCCAGCGCUGGCUCCCGUGAGCUCUGUGAAACUGCUCAGCUAAGGGGAGCGUGGUUGGCACUCCCUGCAGCGAGCAGUUAAAGGAGCCCUGAGGCUCUGCCCACUCGCCCGUGAGUGGCAGGAGCACUGGAGCUGACUCAGAUGCAGAGUGGGAACCUUCCCGAUCCCCAGCUGAGCUGCGCAAACAAGCUGCGUUGUCCGAGCCCAUGAGGGCCUGGGGGAAACCACCUCGGUUCCUGAGGUGAGAGCUGGGGCAGUUUCACCAGGUGCCUCACAGGCAGAGGCCGAUGCAGCUUGUUUUUUCAACAUCGUGGUACAGUGGUAAGAACUUAAUUUGUUCUGGAGGUCCAUUCUUAACCUGAAACUGUCCUUAACCUGAAGCACCACUUUAGCUAAUGGGGCCUCCUGCUGCCACUGCCACGCAAUUUCUGUUCUCAUUCUGAAGCAAAGUUCUUAAGCCGAGGUACUAUUUCUGGGUUAGUGGAGUCUGUAACCUGAAGCGUCUGUAACCCGAGGUACCACUGGAUAUCGCCAAAUCGAUAUCUUUGGCUGGCGAUACACCACAAUGUUUAAAAGCUGUUAUCGCCCAGCCCUACUUUCAGGUACCUGAAAGCUCUCUGGCUUGAUUUCCCCCCUCCCCUGCGAGACACCAAAUUCCCCCUCUCUAAGUUCCCUUUUGCCACCAGCCCUCAUCUCUCUCUCUCCCUGCAGGUGCUGCGAAAGGGCUCAGGGACUCUGUGUGAGGCACUGCUGAUGGUCCAGGCCUAUCACGCCAACAUCAUCUUCCCCAACAAGCAAGAGCAGGAGUUCAACAAGCUCACUGAGGAUGGGCAUGUGCUCGACUCGGAGACCUACGUCGGGGGGCAUGUGGAGGCCCUGGAGUCGGGGGUCUUUCGCAGUGACAUCCCCUGCCGCUUCAAGAUGGUAUGAGUCCCGCCCUGGAAGGAGACUUCUUGAAAGCUCAUGGGGGGCGGCAGGGGUUGCCAGGAUAAAUCCCCACCCUGCCCCUGUGCUUGCCAGACAUAAAGCAGGUAGCUACAACAAAGUCCAAAUUGCCCCCUCAAAUAGAGAAGUGUCUGACCCCAUGAGGCUGGUGAUAGAACACCUGCUUUGCAUGCAGAAGGUCCCAGGUUCAGCAUUUCCAGGUGAGACCCAAGAAGAGCCUGCUGGAUCAGGCCCAUCUAGUCCAGCAUCCUGUUCUCACAGUGGCCAACCAUUGGGAAGCCCAAAAGAAUCUGAGUGCAAGAGUAACUCCUCCGCUGGUGAUUCUUCCCGGCAACCGAUCUUCCAGAGGGAGGGAGCACACUUCCCUGUAGCUGGUGGCCAACAAAGGCUGCUGGAGGAAGAGCUAUGACCCGAUCUUGUGGAUUACAAAGAGCAUAAGACCUUCCUUUGCAGAUUUGUUUCCGCCUGCCCCAUGUGGCACCAUGUUCCCCCAUGUUUCAACUGCACUGUCUUUGCCUGGGGAGAAUCCUUGGUGAAAAUUUGUCACACUCAUGUCCUUCCCUCCCACCCCGGUUGUGUCUCUUAGAACCCUGCUGCCUUCGACUUCCUUUUGCAACGUGUGGAGAAGACUCUGCGCCACGCCAUUGAGGAAGAGGAGGGAAUACCCCUUGACCAAGUGACCAACUUCCAGGAGGUAACCUUGUAGGCCAAACAGCAGUGUCUGCAUAGGAGGAGGCAGCAGUAGCAAUGGAGUUGUUAUUGUCCUGACACAGCUCCUUCACUCUAGUUUCUGUUCAUUUUAAGCAUCUAGCUCCCCCCGGUCCCCAGGUUAUCUUGGCUGUUCCUUCCUUCUUUUCCCCUGCUUCAACCCUUUGCUUCCCCAACCCCUUAGCCUUGGCCACCAAUCUGCUGCUAUUUACUACAUUGAACUGUCCUGGGGGCCACUUGUGGCCUACGAAAGGCACAGUCCUGGUAUAUGUGUGGUGUAGGGAUGCAGGUGGCGCUGUGGUCUAAACCACUGAGCCUCUUGGGCUUACUGAUCAGAAGGUCGGCGGUUCAAAUCCCUGCGACGGGGUAAGCUCCCGUUGCUCUUUCCCAGCUCCUGCCAACCUAGCAGCUCAAAAGCACACCAGUGCAAGUAGAUAAAUGGGUAUCGCUGCCGUGGGAAGGUAAAUGGUGUUUCCGUGCACUCUGGUUUCCGUCAUGGUGUCCUGUUGCGCCAGAAGCGAUUUAGUCAUGCUGGCCACAUGACCCGGAAAGCUGUCUGCGGACAAACGCUGGCUCCCUAGUCCCGAAAGCCAGAUGAGCACCACAACCCCAUAGUCGCCUUUGACUGCACUUUACCAUCUAGGGAUCUUUUACCUUACCUUACAUGUGAUGUUCUUUUGCCGGGCUCUAUUGCAUUCCGAAGAGCAUGGUAAAGCAUUGCUCUCCUAGGCAAAAAACAACAACCCACCUUAUCCUCUUGCCUGCUUUCCACUGCUACCUCUGGACCACAGGUUUGCGAUGAAAUCAAAGUCAAGUUGAACUCCCUGAAGGAAGUCCCCAACAGGAUUGAAUGUCCUCUGAUAUACCACCUGGAUGUGGGGGCCAUGUACCCGAAUAUCAUCCUAACCAACCGGCUUCAGGUGAGUGAGGAGUUUGAGCUCCUUCGCAUUGGGUACUAAAGUCUAAAUCUCUGCUGUAAGAAUUGUGGCCUCUUAGACUUAAAUCUGCAGCCCUCUGGACGCUCUUGGGCUCCCAACUCCCAAAGCCCCAACUAGCACUGCCCAGUGGUCAGGGAUUUGAUUUAAUAUUUCUAUUCCGCUUUUCCAACGGCCAAUGUUGAGCUCAAAAGUGGUUAACAAUAAGCACAGUAGCAUUAAAAAACAAGCAUUGCAAUCACAAUGGUAUCAGACACAAUAACAAGCCGCACAGUUAAGAUUUUGGAGUGCUAUUUCAGUUUGGAAUUUUUGGGGUGGGUGGAGGGAUGCUGUCUUUCUCUUUGGGAGAAUCAGAGUGUGAUUUAUAACUCGUACUAUAAGAAAACUCAACAACAUUGUCUUCUUAAUAAGAGACAAUAUAUACGGAAAUUUCCCUGUGCCGGUAAUGGACUCCCAGUUUGGGGUAGGCACUCCAGGCAACCUCUUCCUCAAUCUCCUUCACAAAGAGUUGCUGCCUCUCUAGCAACAAGGAUAGUAGUAGUAAACCUUUUAUUGGCAUCACAUACAACAUCCAGAACAAAUCAGUACAGAAUUACCACUUCCCCAGUGGCACAAAACAUUUACUAAAAGAAAGGAGGCAGAGCAGUCUAUCGUCACAUCUCUUGGAAUAGAGGGGAAAGGCCAGUGUUGCAAUGUUCUCCCUAGUAAGAGACUGCUGAAUAAUAAUAAUAAUAAUUAUUAUUAUUAUUAUUAUUAUCAUCAUCAUCAUCAUCAUCAUUAUAUCAUUUAUACCCUGCCCAUCUGGCUGGGUUUCACCAGCCAUUCUGUGCGCCUCCAAACAGAAUAUUAAAAAUACAUUUAAAAAAAUAAAUCAUUAAAAACUUCCCUAAACAGGGCUGCCUUCAGAUGUCUUCUAAAAGUCAGAUAGUUGUUUAUUUCCUUGACAUCUGAUGGGAGGGCAUUCCUCAAGGCAGACACCACUACCAAGAAGGCCCUCUGCCUGGUUCCCUGUAACCUCACUUCUCGCAGGGAGGGAACCGGCAGAAGGCCCUCGGAGCUGGACCUCAGUGUCCGGGCUGAAUGAUGGGGGUGGAGAUGCUCCUUCAGGUAUACUGGGUUGAGGCCAUUUAGGGCUUUAAAGGUCAGCACCAACCCUUUGAAUUGUGCUUGGAAACGUACUGGGAGCCAAUGUAGGUCUUUCAGGACUGGUGUUAUAUGGUCUCGGUGGCCACUCCCAGUCACCAGUAUGGCUGCCACAUUCUGGAUUAGUUUGAGUCACCUUCAAAGGUAGCCCCACAUAGAGUGCAUUGCAAUAGUCCAAGCGGGAGAUAACCAGAGCAUAUGAAUAGAUGGUUGGUGGUUGCUCUUUUCUUGCUUGGGAGUAUGCAGCGCAGGAGGGGAGGGCUGGAAUGGAGCUCUCUGUCCUCUGCUGCCCAUAGUAUCUUUUGAGUUCGAAACACAGGUGCAGCAGGGCUUCGGCACACACAGUAUACAUCAGGGAGGCUCACCUGGCACCUGCCUUACAUAUCUUUAGGCACCAGGCCAAAACAUUCCUCUUUUCCUUUUAAACUGAGGGUUUCUGUUAGUUGUUAUGGUACAUACGUUUGUUUUUAUAUUUAAACUGCCCUGUGAACUUCAGCUGAAGGAUGGUGUAGAAAUUUAAUAAUUGAGACUUAACAAUCCCGCAAAAGCAUCCUGGGUCUACCUGCUGCUUUCCUAGAGGCAGGAUCCAACCUUGCCUGGCCUAUAAACUUACUUUUAUUUAUUUAAAUGUACUUGUGCCUUUAUUCGCUCCCCCUCUGCUUUGCUUCCCUCCCUUCAGCCCUCGGCGAUGGUGAACGAGGCCACGUGCGCCGCCUGCGACUUCAACAAACCAGGCGCCAACUGUCAGCGGCGGAUGACCUGGCAGUGGAGAGGAGAAUUCAGUGAGUCUUUUCCCUUCUGCUGACUCGUAUGCAACUUGGCGCGGUUCCUCUGCUGCGUAUAAAACCCCCUCUCGCAGUCUGGAGUGAUUGUCAGCUGGGUUGUUUCCUUCCUCCCCGCCCCCUUCUCUUUUCCCCUUGCAGUGCCCGCGAGCCGCAGCGAGUACCAUCGCAUCCAGCAACAGCUGGAGUCGGAGAAGUUCCCCCCUCUCUUCCCAGAUGGACCGCCCCGGGUGUUUCAUGAGCUGUCCCGGGAGGAGCAAGCGAAAUACGAGAAGAAGCGCUUGGCAGGUGAGGGCAAACCUUCUUUUUCGUCUUCUUUUUUGAAAUCAUUUUUAUUUGAAUGUAUAUAUAGAGAUGGCUUGAAUCUCGCGACUUCCCCCCACCCCCUCCAUGGUUCCUAUUAUCAACAUUAUCAACUGCAUAUUAUUCCAUACUCUAUAUUUUCUAUCAAGCCAAAUUAUCCAUGGUAUUUGUUACAUUACAAGUGGGAUUAAAAUCCUGCUAUUGUUUCCAUCUGCUUGCGGUGGUCUCCUAAAUAAAUUAUACAAAAAUUUCCCAUUCUUUUUUAAAGUUUUUGUCCUCUUGGUUCCUGAGUUUUCCAAUCAGUUUUACCAUUUCUGCGUAGUCCAACAGCUUGGUUUGCCAUUCCUCUCUGGUAAGGACUUUGUCUUCCAUCUCUGAGCUAAUAAGAGAGCAAACCUUUUUCCGCACCACAGUAGAGCUUGUACAUGGUUAUGGCUUGGGGUGUCUCGAAGCUUUUAUUUUCUUGGAUUCAGCCCCUACCUUUUCCCUGCUAUGCCCUUUAGCGCUAGAGGACUUGGGGUCUGGGGUCAGCUGCCAGCCCCAAACCAGAGUUCUUUCUAGUGGUGAGCAGAGAAGGUGUUACUACAGUGGAACCUUGGUUCCCAAACUUAAUCCAUUCCGGGAGGCCGUUCGACUCCCAGAACCGUUUGGGAACCAAGGCGCAGCUUCCAAUUGGCUGCAGGAGCUUCCAAAGAACAUUCAAAACCGGAACAAUCACUUCCGGUUUUCGAUUAUUCGGGAACCGGAAUGUUCGGCUCCCAAGGCGUUUGGGAGCCGAGGUUCCACUGUAUUAGUACUUAAAGCCCUUAACAGCUUGUCACCUUAACAGUUUGUCACAUUACCCCCAUAUAUUAUGCCCACUCGACUGCUUUGAUCUACAGAACUGGCACUGUUACAGGUGCCACAUAAUACUCCUGCAUUUGUAAGAAAUCAGUCUUUUGGUGUGGAAGCAGCAACACUUUGGAACUCCCUGCCUAUUGACGUCAGGCGGGUGCCUUGGCUACACUCUUUUUAUUACCUACUGGGCACAUUUUUGUUUAGGCACAGCCCAUCCAGACAUGUAGAAUGUCGGCAUGGGUUUUGAUCUGUUUUCAGUUAAUUGAUUUUCAUUGUUUUUAGCUAUUUUUUUUACUGAAAAUUUAAUUUUUAAACUUAUUUUUGCAAAGUGAGGUGUGCGUUUUUUAAACUAUCAAGUGGCAUAUAAACAUUUUGAAAUGAAAUAAGUUUGGGAAGUGUUGAACGUUCCAGAAUAAAUUGCAAGUGAACCGCCUCUGCCACACCUCUUGCCCAGAUUACUGCCGCAAAGCCUACAAGAAAAUCCACGUGACGAAGGUUGAGGAGCGUGUCACCACCAUCUGCCAGCGGGAAAACUCCUUCUAUGUGGACACCGUGCGGGCCUUUCGUGACCGCCGCUACGAGUUCAAGGGGCUGCAUAAGGUGCUUUUUAUUUUUAUUUUGUCAGAUUUGCGUUAGAGUAGCAAAAAGGUGCGUUUCUAAAGGUGUUCAUGGUGAUCUUUACGUUCAUAAAGCAAUGAGAUGCAGGCAGGCAUUUAUAGCCAGGCUGAUGUCUCCUUGCUGGUGGGUGCUGAAAGGGGAUGCUGUGGUUCCUGGGGCCAGAAUGCUUGAAUAGAAAUUCUGAAUAUUGAGUGGUAUAUAAAUACUUGAAAUGAAUUUAAUAAAAAAGCAUUGAUUUAUAUCAAGUUUUCAUCAUAUUCAUAGAUUUAACAGACAAAUUCUUGUAUAUUAGUUGAUUGCUAGAUACACAUAAGGGACGUGAGUGGCUCUAGAGGUUAAACCACAGAGCCUAGGACUUGCCAAUCAGAAGGUCGGCAGUUCGAAUCCCUGUGACGGGGUGAGCUCCCAUUGCUCGGUCCCAGCUCCUGCCAACCUAGCCGUUCAAAAGCACGUCAAAGUGCAAGUAGAUAAAUAGGUACCGCUCCAGCAGGAUGGUAUACGGCGUUUUCGUGCACUGCUCUGGUUUGCCAGAAGCAGCUUAGUCAUGCUGGCCACAUGACCCGGAAGCUGUAUGCCGGCUCCCUCGGCCAAUAAAGCAAGAUGAGCGCCGCAACCCCAGAGUCGGUCACAACUGGACCUAAUGGUCGGGGUCCCUUUACCUUUACCUAGAUACACAUAAAAUGUUUCUAUUUGCAACUAAGCAGAGCCAAAAAGCUCUGGGCAUGCAAUCCAUGUGCCUUCUGUAAUAUACAGAAGCUUUUGUCAACAUGGGUUUACAGGGGGUGGAGGAGACAGACAUCCAAGGAAAGGGCUGUGGAAGGAAAAGACAGAGGAUGGAAACCAGCUGAAGCAAAGGUAGACAAUAGCCCAUGGCUUGCUUGAGUCACAGGCCCUUUUUCCUCUGCCUUUCCCAGGUGUGGAAGAAGAAGCUGGCUGCUGCCAUGGAGUCGGGUGACGCCUCGGAAGCGAAGCGCUGCAAGAACAUGGAGAUCUUGUAUGACUCCCUGCAGCUAGCACACAAGUGCAUCCUCAACUCCUUUUACGGAUACGUCAUGCGCAAAGGGUGAGGGGGGAACCAAAGAGUGUGGCUGCUGGUGGAUCUUUAAAUGGCCCUUUUAAAAUCUGCCCCUGCCUCGGCUCCCAGUUGGUGCAGUUUCUGGGCCUUUAAAUGUUCAAUAUUAAGACAAAGAACUAAAUCCUAGUACAAUUAAAUGAAGCAUUUCCUCCUAUACACAUAAAAAUAUAAGGCUAUCAUCAUGCAGCCCCGGCUGUAGGAUUUGUAGUUCUGCAUCACAAUCCUGGAUUUGCAUGAAGCCAGGGAGGGGAGCAAAAGAGAAAAGGUGGAUUUUAAGCAAUGGCAGACGUUUGAAUGAAGCAGGGUUGGAGCGACACUGAGGAGCAGUGAGGAUGUGGGGCACUUGGAUGAGGUGUGAAGGAGGGGGUGGGAUUGGCAAGCAAUGUGAGCAGGGGGAAGCAGUCCCCAAGCACAUAAAUAAAUACUGCAGCUCCUUGACCAGGAGACCUCCCAGCUCAUACUGUUGGCCUCAAUUUUGGCACAUCAGUCCUCAAGCCAAGUUUACAAUAAUUAGUUCGCUCAAGCCUUGGUUGCAAAGCUGCUGACCCAGAGCGGCUCUUCCUGUUCUCACUAGUUCUCUCCCCUACGCAGAGCUCGGUGGUACUCCAUGGAAAUGGCCGGCAUCGUCUGCUUCACCGGCGCCAACAUCAUCACACAGGCCAGGGAGCUGAUAGAACAAAUUGGGUGAGUAGUUGAAUGGUGGCUGGCUGCAGCAGCUGGAGGCGAGGAGAUUCUGAGCUUGGAUGUUGUGUGCCUGUUGCCCAAAGGUGGUUUGCUCCUUCAUGGAUGAUGGUGCUUUUCCUAUGUUUAUGUUAUGUUAUGUUGUUAUGUUAUGUUAUGUUAUGUUAUGUUAUGUUAUGUUAUGUUAUGUUAUGUUAUGUUUUGUUGUGGUGUGUUGUCCAGGGCUCCUUUAAGAGGAAGGUUGCUAUGUGUAAACACAGAAAAGAAAAGAAAAUGACACAAAGAUGAAUUGUCCAGCUCUGGAUCUCUUCUGUCUCUAACCACAAGGAAUCUGGUCUGGAUCUGGACUCAAAGGCACACCGCCCCAUGGUCUGCUCCUUACUGCCUUGGCCCAGAAAAAGAAGCAGGUCUCUUAAGCAACUUAGAGAGUGAGGGAUGAAGACCCACAGUGUGUCUCUGCAGACUGUUGCUUUUGUAAACUUCAUCAGCUUUCAUAAGAACAUAUGAGCCUGCUAGAUCAAGCCAAUGGCCCAUAUAGUCCAGCAUCCUGUUCUCGUAGUGGUUGAUAGAUGCCUGUAGGAAACGCUCAGGCAGGACCCAAGCACAUGAUGAUGAUGAUGAUGAUGAUGAUGAUGAUGAUUUAUAUAUACCUCGCCCAUCUGGCUGGGUUUCCCCAGCCACUCUGCACGGCUCCCCACAGAAUAUUAUUAUUAUUAAUAAUAAAGCAAUAAAACAUCAAACAUUAUAAAACUUCCCUAAACAGGGCUACCUUCAGAUGUCUUCUAAAUGCCAGAUAGUUGUUUAGUUCCUUGACAUCUGAAGGGAGGGUGUUCCACAGGGCGGGCGCCACUACCAAGAAGGCCCUCUGCCUGCUUCCCUGUAACCUCACUUCUUGCAGUGAGGGAACCGCCAGAAGGCCCUUAGAGCUGGACUUCAGUGAUGAGGUCUGAGCGAUGGCGGUGGAGACACAUUUUCCCAUCCUGCAGUUCCCUGCAAUUGGUAUUAGGAAUCAUUUGCUGUCUCUGACCAUGGAAGCAGAGCCAAAUAGCCAUCAUGACUAGUAGUUAUCAAUAGUCCUCCAUAGAUUUGUCCAAACCUCUUUUAAAGCCAUCCAAGUUGGUGGCCAUAGUUUAACUAUGCACUGUGUGAAAAACUCUUUUCUUCUAUCUGUCCCAAACCUUCCAACAUUAAGCUUCCUCGGAUGACCACGAGUUCUAAUGUUACGGGAGGGAUAAAAGCGUUUCUCUAUCUGCUUUCUCUCCUCGCCGUGCAUAGUUUUAUAAAUCGCUACAUCUUUCUCGAUUUUUCUCUUAAACUGAAAAGCUCCGAUUGCUGCAACCAUUCCUCAUAAGGUGGUUGCUUUUGCAGAGUGCCCUCUGGGCUCCCAUAUGGAAACGCCUCUCCCAUUUUCCCGUUUCCCAGGAGGCCGCUGGAGCUGGACACAGACGGGAUCUGGUGUGUGCUUCCAAACAGCUUCCCGGAAAACUUUGUCAUCAAAUCAACCCACGCCAAGAAGCCCAAAGUGACAAUCUCCUAUCCAGGUGCUAUGCUGAACAUCAUGGUGAAGGUGAGGAGCCUCAAACCUUUAUCCUUAGCAGGAUUUUGGAGCGAGUCGAAUUGACAGGAUUUUGUCAUGGGUAUGUUUGACAUUUAGCUUCCCCCCUGCAGGGAUUGCAUCAUAUAUAGCUUCCUUCCAGCCCUCCCGUUAAAUUGUUCUGAGGUGCAGCAUGAGCCUGCAAGGCCGAAGCGCCCAGCGUAUGUGUCACUUACUUGCAGGAAGGGUUUACGAACGAUCAGUACCAGGAGCUGGUGGACCCGGCCUCGCUCUCCUACGUUUCCCGCUCAGAGAACAGCAUCUUCUUUGAAGUGGACGGCCCAUACUUGGCCAUGAUUCUCCCCGCCUCCAAGGAAGAGGGCAAGAAGCUGAAGAAAAGGUGAGGUCUGGGGAGGCAGCUCCUCCUCGGCUCAGGGAUACCGGCAGGCAGCAAAGCUGAACCUGGAAGAUGGCAGGACUUGAAAUAUCGCUGCUAGAUCCUUAAUGGAUGGGCAUUUUCAGAGCUCCCUCCUUUCUAGUUUGUAAGAAGCCGUGGAGGCUGGUCCAUUAGGGCAAAGGGGGCGCCGGUCCCACGUGGUAACUAUAGUCCAAAAUACCUGGAGGGCAACAGAUAGUGGAGGCACUGGGACAAAGUGGGCACUGACCCUCACUCAGCCCCCACCUGCCUUUUUUACUUACAACCAGCCCCAGGGCGUAGCAAGCUUUCUCCUCCUUCCUUUCAGCAUUGCCCCUUGUAGAACCCAGCAGGGAGGAGGAUGGGGACAAAACUAGUCUUAGCUGCCUCUGCUUCUCAUUGGAUGUGGCGCCACCUGCUGUUGGGCUCCUUGCUUUCUGCCCUAUCGGUCCCAGACACCACUGGUAAAAAGGUUGUGGGGGGUGUUACAGGAGAAGGAAGGUGCCAACCAUGCAUAGGCUGACUAUUUUGCUCCACGCCAGGUACGCCGUGUUCAACGAGGACGGCUCCCUGGCCGAGCUAAAGGGGUUUGAGGUGAAGCGGCGGGGGGAGCUGCAGCUGGUCAAGAUCUUCCAGUCGUCCGUCUUUGAGGCCUUCCUGAAAGGCACCACUUUGGAAGAGGUUUAUGCCUCCGUCGCCAAAGUGGCUGACUACUGGCUGGAUGUGCUCUACAGCAAGGUGGGUUGAGGCUCCAAGGUGAGUCUGCUGGCUUUCCUGGGACGGUAUGGUCAAAUAUAUCCACACUGGGCAUUUGGGGAUGAAGAUAAUGGGGAAUUGGCGGCCAGUUAAGGGCAGAACCACCAAUUGGAAAGAAGACGAGGUUCCUGUUGCUGCUGUAAAGUCCUCUUCUCCCCUUCUGUAGUCUACACAUGGGCAUCUCCCAGGCUUCCUGCGGCCUUCAGAAGCUUUUAGUGCGGCCAACAUGGGAUGCUGAGCUGCCGUGCCUCCAAAGUGGUCCAGGAGGGGAAUGGGCUGGCACAUGCAAGCGUUCCUUUCUCUCUUUCUUCCAGGCUGCCAAUAUGCCUGACUCGGAGUUGUUUGAGCUUAUCUCCGAGAACCGGUCCAUGUCCCGCAAGCUGGAGGAUUAUGGGGAGCAAAAAUCCACCUCCAUCAGCACCGCCAAGCGCCUGGCUGAGUUCCUGGGGGAUCAGAUGGUGAAGGAUGCCGGUCUGAGCUGCCGGUUUAUCAUUUCUAAGAAGCCAGAAGGAUCCCCGGUCACAGAGAGGUAUAUAACGAUCAGAGGGGCACGAGUAUCCCACAAUGCCGGGCCAUUGACGUGAACGGUUCGGUUUCUUGUUGCUGUGAAAUGAGCCUUGCCAACUCAAGGAAUGACCAAAUCUCCUGCAGAUGAUUUUGGCGGUUGAACUGGAGUAGAAGAGCUCAGCUGGUACCCUGGACCUAAGUUGUUCAGGGCUCUGUAACCUAACGCAAGGACCUUGAAGCUGGCAGAUGGGCCGCCAGUGCAGAUGUUGUGAUUUUUAUUUAUUAAAUUUCUAUAACACCCUUCAUGCAAGAAGCACAGGGCAGUUUAUGAAAACACAAAAUGCAUAACAUAGUAAAAAGCAGAAAUGAUAACAACCCCACUUUUGUUCCAACAAAAUGUUGCAUACCGUUGGCCAGAUUCUACACCAGCUGGUAAUUAUACUUUACAGAGUUGUGUGGAAGUUGCCCCAGAUCAUUUGACCCUUGACCCCCAUCGUGUAGCCCCGGACACUGAGGUCCAGCUCCGAGGGCCUUCUGGCGGUUCUCUCCCUGCGAGAAGUGUGGUUACAGGGAACCAGGCCUUCUCGGUAGUGGCACCUGCCCUGUGGAACGCCCUCCCAUCAGAUGUCAAGGAGAUAAGAACUAUCUGACUUUUAGAAGACAUCUGAAGGCAGCCCUGUUUAGGGAAGUUUUUAAUGUUUGAUGUUUUAUCGUAUUUUUAAUAUUCUGUUGGGGCCGCCCAGAGUGGCUGGGGAAACCCAGCUAGAUGGGCGAGGUAUAAAUAAUAAAUUAUUAUUCUUAUUCCUAUUUUAAAUAGUUCUCUCCCCCCCCCCCCCCGGAAAAAGUUUAAAAGUAACAUAAAGGCUUUGACUUGCUGUUCUUGUUCUUGUCAGAUUGAAUGUACAAAAGAGGUAGAUAAUACUUACGUUACUGAAACAUAUUUACAUGAAUUUGUAUCUUGAGGCUGACUGAUGUUUACAGACUAGCUCUGAGGCAAGCGGCAGCAUAACACAACACCCUUGCUGCUCUCACAGUUAAAACUCACACACAUAGUUGGUGACGGAACUGGGGGGGGGAUGCCUCAAUAUGACAUCACAGGAUUUUGUGCUACAGCAUUAAUCCUUUGCAUAGUAUUAUGGAUGCACCAUUCCCACUCUUCCAUAACAGGACCAAGGACAGCUCCACAUAAAUCGCAUUGCCGUCAUACAGCCUUAAAUGCCCAUGGACUGCAGUGGCCAAGGCUAUCCCUGCCCAGGAACAGCCAUAGCUGGCAAACCAGACACAGCUGGUAAAAGUUCAUUCUACUCAGAGUAGACUGGUUUAAAGUACAGUCGUACCUUGGAUCCUGAACACCUUGGUACUCAGACAUUUUUGCUCUCGAACGCCACAAACCCAGAAGUGAGCCUUCCGGUUUGCAAACGUUCUUUGGAACCUGAACGUCCUCCGUGGCUUCCGAUUAUCUGAAGCUGCUCCCUGCAGCUAAUCAAAAGCCACAGUUUGGUUUCUGAACGUUCUGGAAGUCGAACGGACUUCCGGAAUGGAUUCCGUUCGACUUCCAAGGUAUGACUGUAAUUGUCAUGACUAACUUUUGUUUGGUCAACUGAAUGGGUUUAUUCUGAGUAGAACGAACAUCGGAUACAAACCAUAUAGUCUUUAAGAUGCAACAGACUGACAAGGCCACUCCUCUUCUGGAAAUAGAAGUGAUGUGUUUUGAUUUAUUUUCCCCAGGGCCAUUCCGCUGGCCAUUUUCCAGGCUGAGCUCUCGGUCCGCAGGCACUAUCUCCGGAAAUGGCUCAAGAGCCCCUCCCUGCAGGAUUUUGACAUCCGGACGGUAAGCAGUGUGGGGCUGUCCUGCGGCAGUUUGUGACUCGAGGCUGACUGUGGCACACCUCUUGUCCCCAGCCUUGGACUUGACCCAAAUCCUGUCUCUCUGCUUGUAGAUCCUGGAUUGGGACUAUUACAUCGAGAGACUGGGCAGCACAAUUCAGAAAAUCAUCACCAUCCCAGCAGCCCUGCAGCAGGUAAACUGUCGGGUUGGCGGCUAAAGGGCUGUGGGCUCCCCCAGGAUGUUACGAGGCGUAGGAGGUGGCCGCAGAACUCUCACACUUAGUUGCUCUGGUCCAAUAGCUAGUUAAAAACUCAAAGCUCCAAAACUGAGUUAGCUCCCUGAGUGUUCCCAUUCAUUUCAGAAAGGUAGAACCUUCCUGCAUGGAACUGACCCCAGCCUUUUCCAAAUGCACGAGAGCUCUGUGCACUCCUCAGAGCACACCUGGGACUCCAGAGCUAAUUAUUUAAAACAUUUCUACUCCUCUGUGAUUGGUUUUUGGGGACCGGGGUUGUACAAACGAAAGCUAAGAAGCUGGGGUUUCUGCACUACGGGUCUCUGAUUUGGAUGUCAGCACUGUCAGUGCAAGUGUCUUGUGUUCUAGCAUAGCUAGUUUCCUUCUGCUUCUGGUCAAAAACAGUAGUAUCCUCGCAGGAUGAGGCAGAAUGAAAGUCAGAGGGAGCCUCCCAAAUAAAUAACAAAUGUGGUGUCCCGUCAGGUAAAAAACCCCGUUCCUCGCGUCCGACACCCCGACUGGCUCCACAAGAAGCUCUUGGAAAAGAAUGACAUGUACAAGCAGAAGAAAAUCAGUGAGCUGUUCACAAGUGAGGGCAAGAGACAGGUAAGAGGCGCACGGCUCUCCCUGCACAGGGUGGAUUAAAAAAAUGAAUCCAGUUUUUUAAUUAAAAUGCAUUUACACAUGCACACAAAUGAAAUCAGUUGUAGUAAAUGUCUGCCUCAUCAUGUUUACUUGGAAGUAAUUCCUACUUUGUUCACUAGGACUUAUUUCCCAAAUAAAUGUGCAUAAAUUAUAGUCCUGGCUUCUAAUUGCUUUGUACAGUAGUACCUUGGUUCUCAAACGUAAUCUGUUCCAGAAGUCCAUUCCAAAACCAAAGCGUUCCAAAAUCAAGGCCCGCUUUCCCCUAGAAAGUAAUGCAAAAUGGAUUCAUCCAUUCCAGACUUUUAAAAACAACCCCUAAAACAGCAAUUUAACAUGAAUCCUACUAUCUAACGAGACCAUUGAUCCAUAAAAUGAAAGCAAUAAACAAUGUACUGCAGUCACACAAUCAGUAGCUGAACUGGGUUCCACAAAAACAAAAAGCUGCAAAAACAUAAAAUAAAUAGCAAAAACAGACAAACCUCAGUGUAACACUCAGAAUGCAAGCGUGGCACUCAAAUUGAAAGCAUGGCACUCAAAAUGGAGCACGUUCGGCUUCCAAAAAAAGUUCACGAACCGGAACACUUCUGGGUUUGCAGUGUUUGGGUUCCAAGUUGUUUGAGUACCAAGGCAUUUGAGAACCAAGGUACCACUGUAUAUAGAUUUCAAAAUGGUCAGUUUGAUUUUUACAUCUCAUCUGUUCUUUGCUUAAGAUGGCAGUCCCUUGAGGCUGUUUUUCAUUUUUGUAAUAAAAAUAAACCGGUGCUUUCUGAGGUGGGCAUCUGCAGGUAAAACAUACUUUUAUCCCAGACCUGAGAAGAAGGUGGAGGCCACGGGCAGUUUUUGUGAGUAAUUGGGUUGCUCAGUCAAGGAGGAUUCCAUCAUUGUACUCCCCACCUUCCGGUGUUUCCUCGCAGGUCUCUGCCAGCGUAAUCCAGGAGGGCACGCCCUCCACACAGGUGGCUGACAUGGAAGAUUUUGGGGUUGCCAAGUCUCUGCAGCCGGGGGUCCCCGUGUCGAAUAAACGUAAACGCAUCCCUACAGCAGAGGAGAGCCAGCAGCAGUCCCAGAAUUCGGAACUAACGCAGUCCUGGAGGGAGAUCUUGGGCCCGCCACCUCCCUCUGGAACCACCAAGGUAAGGUAGCAGAAGGAGAGAACUUCAUUUAAAUAGAGGAACAAAGGAUUGCUCUGGGGCUGGGGCUGGGGCUGGAUGAUGGGGAAGCAGCAACAUUCUACCGUAUAUGAACCUUAAAAAAAGCCAGCUGUAUCAGGUCAGUGGCUCGACUGGUAGAGCAUCCUGGUCAACCAGGGGCUAACUAGAUUCCUCUGGAAUCCACAAGCAGGACCUGAACACAGCUGACACUCCCCUACCGCGAUUUCCAUUUGCUGGUAUUCAGAAGCAUAUUGCCGUCAACAUUGGAGGUAGAAUGCAGCCGUCGGGGUUAGAACCCAUUGACAGGUUUACCUGUCUAAGCCAUCUGACUUGAUGAAAAUUCCAUAGUUGCAGCUAUGCACUAGGGCUUCCUUUCCUGAUUCAGCUUCAUUGGAUGCGCCCAUGUUGUGAGAGGGAGAAAAGCUUUUCUUUUAUCCGUUCUCUCCAUGCCAUGCGGAAUUUUAUCGGCUCCUGUUACGCCACAACUUGCGCGCCUUUUCUCUAAACAAAAGCCCCAAACGCUGUCACACCAUAGAUCUGUGUUCUUCUUCUUCCUUGGCAAUCACUCGUAGCCGAGUAAGAUUGUCUUCCAUGAACACGAUCUUAACAGUGAGUCCAUAAGUGACUGUGGAGGCCAAUUCUGGAUCCACAUGUCCUUCCGGGCGUUGAUCACGGUGAGGGUUUGCCAAACGUGCCUUCCUCUUAGUAUGUUUCUCCCUUUCGUCCUGAGUUUGAGCGUCUUCAAAGCCCAUGACACUUUUGGUAAAGGCUGUUCUCCAAUUGAAGUGCUCUCAGGCCAGUGUUUCCCAAUUUUCAGUGUUUAUACUACAUUUUUAAAAGAUUUGCCUUGAGAGAGUCUUUAAGCCUCUUUUGUUGACCACCAGCAUUACACCUUCCAUUUUUAAGUUUGGAAUAGAGUAGUUGCUUUGGAAGACGAUAAUGAUGAUCAGUCCAACAAAGUUGAUGUUGAAGAAUCAUUGCUUCAACACUGGUGAUCUUUACUUCUUCCUGGCAUUAGUUCGCCUGUCUUCCCAAGUGAUGUGUAAAAAUUUUCAGAGACACCAUUGAUGGAAUCUUUCGAGGAGUUGGAGAUGACGUUUAUAAGCGGUCUGUGUUUCACAAGUGUGUGCGGUAUAGAUAUGUGUAAUGGCAUCAUGUUGGCGUAAUGCUGACUCCAUCAGAAAUUACAGAUUGCACGACGUUUUCAGGAUUCCUGCCAUUUGUUCCCACCAUUUCCGAUUUGAAGAAUUUGACUUUCCACCCAAGCUGAAGAAAGUUAGAAUGUGGUUUGCCCAAUGGUCACUGCCGGUUUCCUACUCUUUCCUGCAGGAGGAACGCCUGGUCUGGCUGUGCUACCACAAGAAGAAGUGGGAGGUUCAGGCUCGCCAGCGCCAGGAGCGCCGCAAGAGGCGGCGGCUGGCAGAUGGCGAGUCGGUCCUGGGCGGGGGGCUGAUCAGGGCAAGGCCCUCCAUGGGGCUCGGCAGCUACCUGAGCAAAACGGCCCGCAGCAUCCUGGACAUGCCCUGGCAGAUCGUGCAGGUAAGGAGCACCGUGGGGCAGGGGGAGCUCUUUGCCAGGGGAGGGGGUUUAAGGCUGCCAUUGGCAGAGCAUGCUAUAAAGUCAGAUGCACAGAGGCAUAGGUAGAUAAUAGAGAGCCAGUGCAGCAUAGCGGUUAGAGUGUCAGACUAGGAUCUGGGAGGGACUAGGGUUCAAAUUCCCCACUUGGCCAUGAAACUCGCUAGGCGAUUUGGGGCCAGUUGCUGUCUCUCAGCCUGACCUACCUCACAGGGUUGUUGUGGUUGAAUCAGGAGACAUAGAACCACGUAUGCCGCCUUUGAGUCCUCAGGGAAGACAGGUGGGACGUAAAUGCAAUGAAAUAAAUAAUAAAGAUGCUGGGUUGUGUUCAACAUAGUGCUAUGGUGAAUGUUCCACAAGGAUUUCUCAUUGAGCAAUUAAACCUGCUUUACACACACACACACACACACACACACACACACACACACGCAUACCCCAAAAUAUUUUUUGGAGGUUUCCCCAACCCUCUCGAACAAAUUAAGGGACUGUGAGGGACACAUGCAAGAGAAGGGGACCCCGUUGUGUUAGUGGUAAUCAUAUUCAUUUAAGCAUCCUUAAAAUAAUCAAUGACUUCCCUACUUCCCUUUCCAUGGUUCAUUUUGCAUAUCAUAAAUCCCUGCAUAUUUUACAUAAACUAAACCAUUCAGUAUUCCAUUAUUACAUUUAUCCAUUUACACUGUUGAAUUUAUCAUAAUGCUGCCGUUUUCAAAUGUACGCAAUUUCCCCCAUAUAUUCAAUAAACAUUUUUCAGUCUUCUCUAAAUUUAUGUUGUUCUUGUUCUCAUAUUUGAUAUGUUAGGUCCGCAAGUUGCGCAUAUCCCAUCAGCAUAAGUUGCCAUUCUUCUUUGGUUGGGACCUCGCUCGUUUUCCAUUUGGGGGCUAACAAAACACGGGCUGCAGUAGUAGCAUACAUAAAUAACCUUUUUUGACGCCUGGGAAUUUCCAUCUGGGUUAUCGAAAGGGCUCUCCCCCAUAAAAUAUUUUGGGGAGCCCCCCACAACGUUGAGAAGAAUCAAGGCAGAAGAGGCCAAUUGUGAAGCCGAGCACAGUGCGAUUUCGGUGGCUGGCAGCUCUUCGCAGUGGUGGCAGCCGCAGGAGGAGGCUAACUGCCAGAGAGGAGGAACCAGCCAUUGAAGCCGCGCUGCUACCAUGUUUGGCUCCACCUCCUGGCAUUGCACACACAUGCGAACAUCACCCCCCAAAAAACCUUCUGCUCGAGUUGGCACCUCUGGUGCUAAUCCUUGUGCUAGCGCAAUUACUGUUGGCAUACUGCCGGGGAGACGGGGGCAUUUGGCAGGCCCCCAGCUUGCUCCAGCCACCAGCUGGCAGCCGGUCUCCCUUGGAACAGCAUCAAUUAGCAACACAAGCCUCAGAUACGUUUAGAGACCCAUGCAUGCUCUAUCAGCAGAGUGCGUAAAUCUUCUCACAGUAGAAGAGGCGGACAGAGAUGUGUGUAAGCAUAUUUACAAGCGUUUUAUUCAGCAUGGUUUAGGAACAAAGGAAAACAUGUCUGCUUCCCUUCGUCUCCAGCAAAACAGCUAUAUACAAAACGGAAGUUCCCAGCAGACUGUGCUGGAAAUGUAAACAGGCAUGUGACACACAAUAGUCCUGCCUGUCCCUUUUAAGGUGGAACGUAACUAUAUCCUAAUAUUGUCUCGCUCCCCGAUUCCCAUGAUGGUUCCCUCCAGUGGAAGGCAGGGACUACUCUUGGUUCUUCAUUCUUGCUUUUUCUUAGGUGUUUGGGUUGCUACCAGUUAUAUGAUCUCCUACUGUUCAAAAUCUAGCAAUGCGUUGGGGUUCCCAACCCUUUUGAACCCGUGGGCCUCCCCAUCCCUGUUCUCCAAGGGCUAAGGAGGUGGAGAAAGCUGACAGGCAGGACCACUCCCUGGACUGCUUGCAAGAAAGAAGGCAGGGAGGUGGAAGUUGGUGGGGCCGUACCCCAUUUGCCCUAAUGAGCUUUUGAAAGGCCAGCAAAUGCCACAGCCUCUGUACCUUUUUCUCACUUUCCAAGCCUUUCCCCCACGCCGGAUGAGAUCAAGGGCUGCCCCCUGGGUUGUGCUCCCAGCCUCCGCAUAGUCCAGGCGGCUUCCUUGCCUCCCUCUGCCUUUGCAAGCCCACCUUGAUGUGAUCUCUCUUCCCCAGAUCGCCGAGACCAGCCAGCCAGGCCUCUUCAAGCUGUGGGCCGUCAUUGGAAGCGACCUUCACUGCCUCAAGCUGAAUGUCCCUCGUGUUUUCUACGUCAACCAGCGCGUCCCUAAACCUGAAGAGAGCACUGCGUAUCGGAAGGUGCGUGGAGUUAGUCCUUUGGGAGAGCAGUAAAUGUACUGCGGUAAUCUCCUGUUUGCCGCAAGUGAUUUGGUCCAAGAAAAGUAGGGUAUUAAUGUCAGUUUGCAUUUCUUAGUGCAGAAAGUAUUGAUCUGAUGUGUAGAGAUAUUUCCUAUUCUACUUAAUUCAAGAAGCGUCUGGAAGCUGCUCUGUGUGAAAGAGGCAAGCAGAAGGUUCAUGGUGUUUGGGUUAUACCUUCAGAGAAGAUGAGUACAGCUGGUUUAAACUGCAGUAGGUCUCUUAUCCUUUCUGUCAAAGUUAUGCUGACUAUAAAAGUAAGGCCAGAAGAAGCCUGGGUUUCACUUUCUCUUUCUAUUUCCUUCUGGUGUGGUGACUUAUUAUAAGUUAUUGUAAGUUUAAGUUAAGUCUGCCGCAACUGGAUUUCUUAUGGACAGUAUGGAUGUCCAUACUGAAUGUAUUGGAUUUCUGACCAUUAUGCUCAUUUACCUUCAGUAGCAGUAAAGCUCUGAUGGAUGAAAUACAAUCGCCUCUGGUCUAUUUUUUGGGAAUCCUGUUUAAGUUUUUACUCUGCUAACUAUACAUUGGAAUCUGCUCUGGAUCAAUAUUCAUCCUAUGACUUUUUCCUUUUACACUGAAAACUUCAUUUUUUCGCGGGGGGGGGGGUGGUGGAAUGUGGAACACUGGAAGGCAAGGAGAACUCCUGUGAAAUAUUUUUUCCCCUCCCUUUUAGAAUGAGCGAAAUGCUUCUUAGAACCAGGUUUUACUCACGUAAAAUGCUCAGUAUGAAAAUUUCUGUGUCGGACAAAAUGAGGGCCUGUAUGGUGUCGUGGUUAGAGUGUCAGACUAAUUGCUUGGAAGACCAGGGUUUAAGGCCUCACUCAGCCAAAAUAAUAAUAAUAAUAAUAAUAAUAAUAAUAAUAAUAAUAAUUACUAUUAUUAAUAUUUUAUUUGUACCCUGCCCAUCUGACUGGGUUAUCUGAAGCUCACUGGGUGACUGUGAGCCAGUCACUGCCUCUCAGGCUAGCCUACCUCACAGGGCUGUUUUGUGGAUGAAACAGGGAGGGGAAGAAUCAUGUACGUCACCUUGUGCUCACUGGAGGAAAGGCAAUAUAUAGACAUAUUAAAUAAACAGCGUGGAAGUAUUCAAGAGUUAUAAUGUAUGACUGCACAUUACUUUUUUGGCAACUCAGAGCCAGGUUAGUCCAAAAGCGAAAGGCUUUUCGUUUGAAGCCAGUGAGAGAUGUCUACAAUUCUGGGGCAGAGUUGCCAGUUGACCCAGAACUACUAUGACAAGGAAAGGAGAGUGUGGUUGUGCCCACCCAUCCACCUACCCAUCCAUGCCCCACAUGGUAAAAACAGGUGCAGAUAGACUUGAGGGGGGUCUCACCUGAGUCCUUGUUAUCAUCUCUGCAGGUAAACAGGAUCCUUCCUCGCUCCAACUUGGUUUACAACCUCUAUGAGUAUUCUGUGCCCGAGGAAAUGUACCAGGAGCACAUCAACGAAAUCAACGCCAGCCUCUCUGCCCCAGAUAUAGAGGGGGUAUAUGAGACCCAGGUAACUAACUCCCUUUGGCUGGUCUGAUGCGGGAAAAGGGGAGCUCUAGGUCUGGGGAUGAGACGUAGGGUUGCACCCCAUGCUAGUCCGAGUAGACUCAAUGGACACAAUUGACACUUGAGGUGUAUAUUUAUAAGACCCGCCUUAUUCCUGUGAUUAUAAUUGUUUUAAAUGGUUUUUUGUGUUUUAAUGUGACCUGCCCUGAGACCUUAGGGUGAAGGGCAUGUAAUAUAGUAAAUUCGGAGGGUAUACUCAGAGUAGAAUUGGCUAGAACCCCUUUUUCUUUCUUUUGAGACUUGAAGUUGAUUUGAAAAUACUACCAUCUGUGUCAUUUAUGCUUUCUCUUCACUUGCCUUCCAUAAAUGGGUUUUUUCAGGCUUCUCGUUUCAAAAUCCUCUACCUAGGCAGAAGCCACAGGUGAAACCUGCUGCAUUCCGCAUCCUCCUGGGCUUUCCUUUUGAAACCUCUGAGACAGUAGCACGGAGCAUCUUGCUCUGGGUAGUUCACUAUGUUUAAAUCCAAUUUAAAUGUAAAUAAAUCCAAUUUAAAUUUUUGAAAAAUGAUUUUUUUGGAUUUAUUUUUUUUGAAAAAACAACAUUGAUUUUUAUCCACCCUGGUUUCCUGUAACUUCAGUUCUCGUACUGCGGGUUUUUAAAAACCAAAGGGCUUUUCUUCUAGAGAAAGAAGAAUAAAAGAUGCCCGUACUGUAUACCCUUGAGUGCCUCCUGAAAAAAAGCUCUGGGGCCAGAUACCCUUGCCGGUUGACUUCAGAUCAUAGCCGGAGAUUUACCAGUAGAUCCUACCCUGCCAGAAGAUUUGCCAGUUCUUCUCACCCCUGGUGUAACCUCUAGUUCCUCUUCUCCUCCCUGCCCAGAUUCCAUUACUUCUGCAGGCCCUGAUCCGCCUGGGCUGCGUGUGCAUGGUCAACAGGAACUUGGUGAGGCACCUCACUGGCCGGGAGGCUGAAACCUUCAACCUGGAGCACCUUGAGAUGCGCUCCCUGGCCCAGUUCAGCUACCUGGAGCCAGGUAAGAAGACUCGCCCCCGAUACUCGGGUGGCUGGCAAGAACUUGGAAGGCAGUUCCUGCUCUCUAACGUGAGGCUCUGUUCCGUGUCUGUUUAGGUAGCAUCCGGCACAUCUACCUGUACCACAACUCCCAAGGCAACAAGGCACUGUUUGGCCUCUUCAUCCCAUCUCAGCGGAAAGCGUCUGUUUUUGUGCUUGACACGGUAAGGUCAGAGGCCAGGGGGGUGGGGCUUGCUGACACUCGUUGAAAUAUUGUCCUUUCAUUUACAGUGGUACCUCAGGUUAAGGACUUAAUUCGUUCCGGAGGUCCGUACUUAACCUGAAACUGUUCAUAACCUAAAGCACCACUUUAGCUAAUGAGGCCUCCUGCUGCUGCCGCGCUGCCGGAGCACGAUUUCUGUUCUCAACCUGAAGCAAAGUUCUUAACCUGAAGCACUAUUUCUGGGAUAGCAGAGUCUGUAACCUGAAGCGUAUGUAACCUGAAGCGUAUGUAACCUGAGGUACCACUGUAUUAUAUUUCUACGCCACUUUUUCACUCAUGUGAGUCACAAAGCAACUCGCGUACAGUAAAUAUCAACAUAGCAGAACAUCACAACUGCAACAUAAGUUAUAUACAGUGAUACCUCGGUUUUCAAACGUCCCCGAUGAUGAACGUUUCGGAAUCCGGACGCCAAAAACCUGGAAGUAGAUGCUUCCGUUUUCGAACGUGCCUCGGAAGUCGAAUGGCUUCCGCUGCGUGUUUUUCCAUUUUCUCAACUGAAUUUGCAGACAACCCUUUUCACCUCGGUUUUCAAACGUUUCGGAACUUGAACGGUUUUCCAGAAUGAAUUACUUUCGAGAACCGAGGUACCACUGUGUAUAAAAAAAUAAAUCCUCAGUAAAACAACUCCCUACUAUAAAGCACUAUUAAACAGCACAACCGCAAGAAAAGUCACAUUGUAAAAUUCGCAAAGCAUUACAGCACUCGUAAUCCACGAAACGAUACGAAUGACAUUAACAAGCUAACAACCAAAAACAAACUGCUGGAUUCACACACUUUCUCGCCACCCCCAGGUCUCAUAGUCUUCCAUUCAGUUCAUGUCAAAAACCCACAUUCACAUAAUGAUCUGUGCUCAGCUCAGCUCAGAAUGGACUGUUCUAGCUGGGUGGAAAUUAGGGUUCUGAUAAUAACUUAUAAAUUUCCCCCAAUCUUUAUUAAAUUUUAUUUAAAAGAACACUGUAAACAAUUAUAAACAUUGGCAGGAUUUUAGAAAACACAGUGAGAACUGUGGUGAGAAUGGAGUACAGUCAAACCUUGGCUCCCAAACGCCUCCGUUUUGGAACAUUUUGGCUCCCAAAUUCCGCAAACCCAGAAGUAAAUGCUCUGGCUUUUGAAUGUUUUUCAGAAGCCGAACGUCCGAUGCGGCUUCCGCUUGAGUACAGGGAAGCUCCUGCAACCAAUCAGAAGCUGCGCCUCGGUUGUCGAACAUUUUGGAAGCCAAAUGGGCUUCUGGAACGGAUUACGUUCGACAACCGAGGUUUGACUGUAUUAAGAAAAUAUAGAGAACAUUAUAAGAUGCAGUUGGAAAAGAAUAACGAUGGAGGGAAGUCCAGGGAUCCAGAGAAUCCUAUGUGUAUAUGAUUUAAUUGUGAUGAUAAUUUUGAAGGCAAAAAUGAGUAAAAAAUAUUUAUUUUUUUAAAAAGGGGAAAUCAGGCUUCUAUGGGUAUCGGGUUCUGCGGUUUUAGAAGCCCGGUUGUUGGCAGCUGCAGAUUCCUCGGCUUCCCUGCCUGAGGGUCCUUUCAGCCAGAUCUUUACCUGCAGCUGUGUCUCCAGCAUCCUUCUCUCCCCUCGGCUCCAGGUGCGGAGCAACCAGAUGCCCAACCUCAACAACAUGUACUCGGCGGAGCACAGCGUCAUGGUGGCGAAGGUGGGCGAGGAGCUCCUUCCGCCCAACAAGCACGCCUUCGAGGUGCGAGCGGAGACAGACCUCAAGACCGUCUGCAGGGCCAUCCAGCGCCUCCUGCUGGCCUACAAGGUAACAGCAGGGAAAUCCAGCGCUCGCCUCCGUUCCUUAGCCAACCCUGAGCCCCCCAGCAGUGGCAGACUUUGGGCUCUCCAAUUCCAGCGGCGCUAAAAUUCAGUGCCUGCCUCUUGCACUCCAUUUUCCAGCACUGUUGUGGUGCCCCCUGCAGCAUGGCACUCAGUGUGGGCACCCUAAAGCAAGCCCUGCUUGCUGCCAGCCAGGGUGGAUUCGAUUUAAAUCAAAUCGAUUGAAAUCACUAGUCACUAAGACUUGAUUUAAAUUGGGGGUUUUUUACAUAAAGACUCAUUCUUGCUGGUUAUAAUCUUAAUAUUUGCAACCAGAUGAAGGUUUCAUUUUUGGAAUAAUAAAUUUUCAGAGUAGCUUUUACAGUUAUAGCAAAAAACACUGACUUGGUUAUACUAUUCAAAAUACAUAGACCGAUAAUUAUGAAAUUAUUGUGAAGUUUAAUGAGUUAACUAUGUUUAUAUUUGGACAACUUUUCUGCUGUACUUUAUUGGGAGAAAAAAAAUCAUUUCCUUAAUAACAAUUUAAACCAUUUAAUUAACUAAAUCAGUAACAUGAUACCAUAUAUAUCCUUGUUUGUUAGCUGAUGUGGUUUUUUUAAAAAAAAAGCAGACUGAGUUUUAGCACACAUGAAAAACUUAAAACAAAUCCUUAUUUCCUGAUGAAUAGCCUUUGAACUAUAAUGUAACUUAAAUAGAAAAUUAUCUUUGGAAAUAUUUUUCCUUCAAAAUUAAUUUAUUUUUAAAAUCCAAUUUAAAUUUUAAAAAUCUGAUUUUCUUGAUUUUUUUAAAAAAAUUAAUUGGUUUUUAUCUACCCUGCUGCCAGCUCUUGGGAAAGCCCCUACCCGCAUCCCUUGAGGGCACCGUCCUACCUUAUGCCACCAUCCUUUGCGUUCAUCCGCUGUCUCCCUAUUAUCUCAGGACGAGCGCCGGGGCCCCACCCUCAUUGCCGUGCAGUCCAAUUGGGACUUGAAGAGGCUGGUCGGAGGGAUGCCCGUCUUGGAGGAGUUCCCGCUGGUUCCCGUCCAGGUGGCCGACGACGUCAACUACAGCAUCCUGGACUGGCAGCGCCAUGCUGCGCGGCACAUGAUCCGGCGCUACCUCAGCUUGGACACCUGCCUUUCUCAGGCCUUUGAGAUGAGCAGGUGGGGCAGGCAGCGGCACAGACACAUGGGUUCUGGGAAACGGCAAGGGUCGUUUUUAUUUUAUAUUUUAUUUCUAAAUUCCAAAAGUUUACAAGAUGGUGCAAACUUCCAAAUACACAUCCACUUCUCUUUCGACUUCCCCUCCAUGGUUCCUCCCGUAAUUUCGAAAUUUGCUGCAUAUUGUAGAUAUUCUGUGCCUUGCCUAUUCCACAUUAUAGUUAACUGCUGUUCUUCAUUCAAAUCCUACGUGCAUUUUAUAAGAAAUCAAGAUAACAAACUUUUUACAAAUGAAUGCAAACAGUUUAUUGAAUAUUUACAGAUAAAUUGCAAACAGAUAAAAACAUCGGCAGGAUUGUUGUAAUAACCUGCAGUUUCAUAAGAGUUUAUAUUUAAAGUAGAUAAUUAAAUGGGCAAAUUAAAUGAAUUUGUAUUUGCAGAAGAUAUUAAAAAAUAAAUUUAAAAAUUUGGCUUUGUAAUUUGGAAUUUAUGUGAUGUGAUUUAAUUUGAUGUGAUUGGCCAGUUAAUAAAAAUUAUUUAAAAAAAUAAAAAUAAAAAAUAAAUUUAAGGAAACACAGAAAGAGGGGGAAGGGUGUCAAACUUUGAAAUGUUAACGUGAUUGUAAAAUUAAUGAAAAGUAUAAAUUUGAGAAGUAUAAAUAAAAACUUAAGAAAACAAAAACAAAUCCUAAGUACAUUCUAGCAUGUGUACAGUAGUUCUUUAAAUAUUCAACAAAAGGUUUCUGCUCCUGCAUUUCUUGAUCUCUAACUUUCAUAGUUAAGUUUAGUGCUUUUUUUCAGGGAGUACUCCAGGGCACACAGUACCAGCACCUCUUUUUUUGUUGUUGUUAAAAAAGUGUGGCAUUUCCUGUAACCAUGGUGAGGACUGGCACCUAUUUUUCCAGGGGGAAAAGCACUGGUUAAGUUAGAAUCAUAGAAUCAUAGAAUCAUAGAAUCAUAGAAUCAUAGAGUUGGAAGAGACCACAAGGGCCAUCGAGUCCAACCCCCUGCCAAGCAGGAAACACCAUCAGAGCACUCCUGACAUAUGGUUGUCAAGCCUCUGCUUAAAGACCUCCAAAGAAGGAGACUCCACCACACUCCUUGGCAGCAAAUUCCACUGUCGAACAGCUCUUACUGUCAGGAAGUUCUUCCUAAUGUUUAGGUGGAAUCUUCUUUCUUGUAGUUUGGAUCCAUUGCUCCGUGUCCGCUUCUCUGGAGCAGCAGAAAACAACCUUUCUCCCUCCUCUAUGUGACAUCCUUUUAUAUAUUUGAACAUGGCUAUCAUAUCACCCCUUAACCUCCUCUUCUCCAGGCUAAACAUGCCCAGCUCUCUUAGCCGUUCCUCAUAAGGCAUCGUUUCCAGGCCUUUGACCAUUUUGGUUGCCCUCCUCUGGACACGUUCCAGUUUGUCAAUGUCCUUCUUGAAGUGUGGUGCCCAGAACUGGACACAGUACUCCAGGUGAGGUCUGACCAGAGCAGAAUACAGUGGCACUAUUACUUCCCUUGAUCUAGAUGCUAUACUCCUAUUGAUGCAGCCCAGAAUUGCAUUGGCUUUUUAGCUGCCGCGUCACACUGUUGGCUCAUGUGAAGUUUGUGGUCAACCAAGACUCCUAGAUCCUUUUCACAUGUACUGCUCUCAAGCCAGGUGUCCCCCAUCUUGUAUUUGUGCCUCUCAUUUUUUUGCCCAAGUGCAAUACUUUACAUUUCUCCCUGUUAAAAUUCAUCUUGUUUGUUUUUGCCCAGUUCUCUAAUCUGUCAAGGUCGUUUUGAAGUGUGAUCCUGUCCUCUGGGGUGUUAGCCACCCCUCCCAAUUUGGUGUCAUCUGCAAAUUUGAUCAGGAUGCCCUUGAGUCCAUCACCCAAGUCGUUGAUAAAGAUGUUGAAUAAGACCGGGCCCAAGACAGAACCCUGUGGCACCCCACUAGUCACUCUUCUCCAGGAUGAAGAGGAACCAUUGAUGAGCACCCUUUGGGUUCGGUCAGUCAGCCAGUUACAAAUCCACUGAGUGGUAGCAUAGUCAAGACCACAUUUUACCAGCUUCUUUACAAGAAUAUCAUGAGGCACCUUGUCAAAUGCCUUGCUGAAAUCAAGGUAGGCUACAUCCACUGCGUUCCUUCAUCCACCAGGCUUGUAAUUCUGUCAAAAACGAGAUCAGGUUAGUCUGACAUGACUUAUUUUUCAGAAAUCCAUGCUGACUAUGGGUGAUCACAGCAUUCCUUUCUAGGUGCUCACAGACUGUUUGCUUAAUGAUCUGCUCCAGAAUCUUCCCUGGUAUUGAUGUCAGACUGACUGGGCGGUAAUUAUUUGGGUCCUCUCUUUUCCCCUUUUUGAAAAUAGGGACAACAUUUGCCCUCCUCCAGUCUGCCGGGACUUCGCCUGUUCUCCAGGAAUUCUCAAAGAUGACUGCCAGUGGUUCUGAGAUCACAUCUGCCAGUUCUUUUAAUACUCUUGGAUGCAGUUCAUCUGGCCCUGGAGACUUGAAUACAUCUAAACUAGCCAAGUAUUCUUGUACUAUCUCCUUAGUUAUUCUGGGCUGUGUUUCCUUUGCUGAAUCAUUUGCUCCAAAUUCUUCAGGUCGGGCAUUGUUUUCUUUAUCGGAGAAGACUGAGGCAAAGAAGGCAUUGAGGAGUUCAGCUCUUUCUGUGUCCCCUGUUUGCAUUUCACCAUCUUCUCCUCUGAGUGACCCCACUGUUUCUUUGUUCUUCCUUUUGCUACUAACAUACCCAUAAAAGCCUUUUUUGUUGCUUUUAACCUCUCUAGCAAGCCUGAGUUCAUUCUGUGCUUUAGCUUUUCUGACUUUGUGUCUACACGUGCUGGCUAUUUGUUUGAAUUCCUCUUUGGUGGUUUCCCCUUUUCCAUUUUUGUACACAUCCUUUUUAAUCUUAACUCAGUUAAAAGUUCUUUAGAUAGCCACCCUGGCUUCUUUAGGCACCUUCCAUGUUUCCGUCUCAUUGGUAUUGCCUGACGUUGUGCUUUUAGUAUCUCCCUUUAACAAACUCCCAGCCAUCAUGAACUCCCUUUCCUUUUAGUAUUACUGUCCAUGGGAUCUCACCCAGCACUUCCCUAAGUUUUAUGAAGUCGGCUUUCUUAAAGUCAAGAAAUUGAGUCCUAGUAUGCUUGGCUGCUCCUUUCCGCUGUAUAGUAAACUUCAGAAGAGCAUGAUCACUUGCGCCUAAUGAUCCUUCCACUUCUACCCCACUAACCAGGUCAUCAACAUUGGUUAGGACCAGAUCUAAAAUGGCUGUUCCUCUUGUUGCUUCUCCCACUUUCUGGACAAUGAAGUUGUCUGCAAGGCCAGUGAGGAAUCUGUUUGACCUUAUGCUCUUGGCUGAGUUUGACAUCCAACAAAUAUCCGGGUAAUUGAAGUCCCCCAUUACUACUAUCUCCCUUCCUUUUGCAUGCUUGGCCAUCUGUUCCAGGAAGGCAUCAUCUAUGUCCUCCGUUUGGCUUGGGGAUCUAUAGUAAACUCCCACAAUGAGGUCACUGUUAUUCUUCUCUCCCUUAAUUUUGACCCAAAUGCUCUCACUUUGGCUUUGAGGUUCUAAAUCUUGGAUCUCUUCACAGGUAUACACAUCCCUGACAUAUAACGCCACUCCUCCUCCUUUCUUGUCUGGUCUGUUUCUCUGAAAUAGAUUGUAUCCCCCUAUUAUUACAUUCCAAUCGUGGGACUUAUCCCACCAGGUUUCAGUGAUGCCUAUUAUGUCAUAUUUAGUUUGCUGUACCAAGAGCUCAAGCUCAUCUUGUUUAUUUCCAUGCUUUGCGCAUUAGUGUACAGACAUUGAAGUCCAUUAAUCAUUCCCCGUGACUCUUAUUUAAGGAUUUUUUCCUCCCACCACUAGGUCUGUGUGCUGUUUGCUCCAUUUGGUCUAUGACAUUUGGAUGAUCAUCUUCAUCAAUUGAUAGACUCCUACCUUCAGGAGCACUAUCUCCCUCCCCCAGAAGGGUGAGACGUGCUGGCCGUGGUGGCGGCGGCUGAAUCAGUAUGCCGAAUUCCUAAAAGAAAGUCCAGGUUAAGGCAGUUAGCCUGUUUCUGCAGUUCCAAUCCUGCUUCUGGCUGAUGUUCUGAAGAUCGUCUUCUCCCCGUUCCACCCCUCUCUUCUGCCCAGGUACUACCACAUCCCCAUCGGGAACCUCCCUGACGACAUCUCCACCUUUGGCACGGACCUCUUCUUCUCCCGCCAUCUCCACCGCCACAACCACCUCCUGUGGCUCUCUCCCACCUCCCGCCCGGACCUGGGGGGCAAGGAGGCAGACGACAGCCGCCUGGUCAUGGAGUUCGAUGAGAGGGUCUCCAUCGAGAUCAAUAACCCGGGCUGCUAUUCCACAGGUGAGCAACGAGAAAGACAGGACUGCAGUUCUCUGCUCCAUGGGUGUUCAAAUAUUCAAACAGAAUAUUAGAAGAUGACCUGACGAGUCUCUGAGGGUUGCUAAUACCAGCAUUAAGGAAGGCGUUACCAUAACCACCUAUCAGGGAACGCGGCAGGUCCAAUUUGUCCUGCAGAGUCAUUGUUCAUAUGUUGAGUACAUGGCAACCAGUUCACCAUGAAAGUCUCUGUUUUCUUUUUCAUGGACUCUGGUCGCUUGAAGUUUUCAUGUUGGGUUUCUCAGUAAGUGCCAUCUCCCAAAUGACAGUAUGCCAUCCUGUAUACCUGAAGGAGCGUCUCCACCCCCAUCAUUCAACCCGGACACUGAGGUCCAGUGCCGAGGGCCUUCUGGCAGUUCCCUCGCUGCGAGAAGUGAGGUUACAGGGAACAGGCAGAGGGCCUUCUCGGUAGUGGCACCCGACCUGUGGAACGCUCUCCCAUCAGAUGUCAAAAGAAUAAACAACUACAGUGGUACCUCGGGUUACAUAUGCUUCAGGUUACAGACUCGGAUAACCCAGAAAUAGUACCUAGGGUUCAGAACUUUGCUUCAGGAUGAGAACAGAAAUCGUGCUCCAGCGGCGCGGCGGCAGCAGGAGGCCCCAUUAGCUAAAAUGGUGCUUCAGGUUAAGAACGGACCUCCGGAACGAAUUAAGUACUUGACCCGAGGUACCACUGUAUAUGAAAUUUAGAAGACAUCUGAAGGCAGCCCUGUUUGGGGAAGUUUUUUAAUGACUGAUGUUUCAAUGUAUUUUUAAUCUCCUGUUGGAAGCCACCCAGAGUGGCUGAGGAAACCCAGCCAGGUGGGUGGCGUAUAAAUAAUAAAUUAUUAUUAUUAUUAUUAUUAUUAUUAUUAUUAUUAUUAGCUUCCCUUCUAGUUUCUAGUAGUCAGAGGUCUUCAUUCAUAGCAAGCCUUUCCCCUUGGGAUGGUGAGAGAGAUGUUCCUUUUGGCCAGGGUUUGCGAUGCAGCUCUGGGCUUUCCUGCCCUUGAACCCAGGACCCUGUCUCACUGUUUUCACUGCAGUCUGCGUGGAGCUCGACAUCCAAAGCCUGGCGGUGAACACCGUCCUGCAGUCGCAUCACGUCAACGACAUGGAGGGGGCCUCCAGUAUGUGCAUCAGCUUUGACGUGAUCCAGCCGGCGUCGCUGGAGGACAUGGUCACGGGGAACCAGGCAGCCAGCACCCUGGCCAGCUAUGACGAAACGGCCCUCUGCUCCAACACGUUCAGGUCUGGCCCGUGGCUUGGCUUUGCAGGGAAUCCUGCCCUCUCCCCUACAAGCUGGCCACCCCCGGUGGUGGAAUAUGUGAGGUAUCCCACCCCACUGGCUCUCCAGACUGCCAUAGGCUUGGGAGAUUAUAGGGUCUUUUUUUAAAUGGGGAAAAAAUCCUGUUCUUCAGCUGUAAAAACCUCCCAGAACUGCUUACAAAUACAGUUGUGCCUUGGUUCUCAAACGACUUGGUACUCGUACAUUUGGCUCCUAAACGCCGCAAACCUGGGAGUAAGUGUUUCGGUUUGCGAACAUUUUUCGGAAGCCGAACAUCCAGCGCGGCUUCCGCUUUACUGCAGGAAGCUCCUGCAGCUAAUUGGAAGCCGUGCCUUGGUUUUGGGUUUUGGGAGUCGAACGGACUCCCGGAACUGAUGAAGUUCAAGGACCAAGAUAUGACUGUAGCUUAAAAGGAAAACUUUUGGUUUUUUUAAGGGACCCUCAGACUUCCAAUUUGAUAAGAUGCAGCACAAAAGGGAAAAAGGGUUUGGGAGGGAGGAGGAACUAACCAACCACCUUUUCGGUUUUGGAUACCGUAUUUUUCGUCCUAUAGGGCGCACUGGCCCAUAGGGCGCACCUCGUUUUUUGGGGGGGGAAAUAAAUAAAAAAAAUUAUUUCCCGCCGCCCCCCCAGUCGCGGGGCUGGGGCGGGGGAAGCCCGAGCUUCCCCCAACCCCAGCCCCCAGAACAGGCUACUAUCCGCAAGCCUUGCGAGCCCGCGGCAACUCCCGCCGGGCUCCCAAGGCUUGCGGAUAGCUUCCUGAAGCCUGGAGAGCGAGAGGGGUCGGUGCGCACCGACGCCUCUCGCCUCUCGCUCUCCAGGCUUCAACGAAAGCCUGCAUUCACCCCAUAGGACGCACACACAUUUCCCCUUCAUUUUUGGAGGGGAAAAAGUGCGUCCUAUAGGGCGAAAAAUACGGUACAUCUCAUCGGGGAAAAAUAGAAGAAUGGGCAGACAGUGGAAAGCAGCAAUGGCGUCAGAAGAGAAAUUGCUUGGGUUUGUGGGAUUUCUAGUUGCAGCUCUGUAGAUCUAGUGGUCAGCUUCCACCUUUCUGCUCGCUCGCAGGGUCUUGAAGAGCGUGGUGGUUGGCUGGGUGAAGGAGAUCACGCAGUACCACAACGUCUACGCCGACAACCAGGUGAUUCAUUUCUACCGCUGGCUGCGCUCCCCGACUUCGCUGCUCUACGAUCCUGCCUUGCACCGCAUGUUGCACAGCAUGAUGAAGAAGCUCUUCCUCCAGUGAGUCCAUAUCUCUCUCUCUCUCUUUCUCUUGUGUGUGUGUUUAUAAAAAAUAUAGAUAGCCAACUUGCCUAUUGUACAUUUUGGGGAGUGGUUUGUUCCUCUCUCCUCUUCGCAUUCAGAUGCCUCAUGAGAUAAAAAGGUAAAGGGGCCCCUGACCAUAAGGUCCAGUCGUGACUGACUCUGGGGUUGCGGCGCUCAUCUCGCUUUAUUGGCCAAGGGAGCCGGCGUACAGCUUCUGGGUCAUGUGGCCAGCUUGACUAAGCUGCUUCUGGCAAACCAGAGCAGCGCAAGGAAACGCCGUUUACCUUCCCACCGGAGCGGAACCUAUUUAUCUACUUGCACUUCAUGCUUUCGAACUGCUAGGUGCAGGGACUGAGCAACAGGAGCUCACCCCGUUGCGGGGAUUCGAACCGCCGACCUUCUGAUUGGCAAGUCCUAGGCUCUGUGGUUUAACCCACAGCGCCACCCCUGUCCCUCCUCUUUAGAUACCAUUGCCAAAUUUGGCACAAAUUUGGAGGAGAUUGUUUUUUGGCUAUAGUUGGACACCCAUCAGGUGCCAUUUUGAAUCAAGGUGGUGGACCCAAACCAUUCUGAAUUGCAAUGAUUUGGACACCUCUGAAGAUAUUCGCCACCCAAUUUGGUGCAAUCUCUUCCUGGGAUUGAAGAGAGAAUAUUGAUGUACGGAUGUAUUGCUUCAGGUGCCAUUCUGAAUCAAGAUGGCAGAUGAAAUGUUCCCAAAAAAAUUGUUUCUAUGGAUUCCCAAGCAAUGCUGGUUGAUUUCUGGUGGUGUGAAAAACAUCCAAAAACUUAUUCGCUUCUGUAAUCCUGGACUAGCCCACUAGGUGGUGCCUCUCGGCCGUGCUCAGCAAUCCCUUUUUAUCAUUACAACUUUCUGAUGUGCAAAUUUCUUUUCUUUAAAAAGAUAUUUUAUGUAUCACGCAAUUAUGUGCAAAUUUAACAAAGGGGAGGGAAGGGAAAAUAGAAGGACCAUAAAUACAUUUUUUAAGAAUGGAAAAAGAAAUAAUAAUAAUAAAUGAAAACCACCAUCAACUCUCAUGAAAUAUAUAAUAACCAUCAGUACAUCUUUCUUAAGUUAAACAUACAGGUUAAUAUCAGUGUGUUUGGGUGAACCUCAACCUGAUGGAUUUAUUUAUUUUUUACAACCUUCCCCCCCUCCAACAACAAACAAAUUAUAGAGAGAGCAGAGUGGGGGGGGGGGAGAGAAUUGGCUGCUCAAGUCCUAAAUAGGAGCAUUAGGUUUGUGGGAGGUGGUGCAUAAUGAGGUUUAAAACUCCCUUCCCUGUAUCAGACGGUUUCAGGAGGGAGGGAUAUCUUUUCCUUUCUCCAGACUUAGGACCCCUGGUAUAUAGCCUCCCCCCCCCCGCCCCCCGCAAAAAAAAGCCCACCAGAUUUGGGGCUGGUGACUUUUUACCUCCUAAAUUUUCCACUGAGCAAGCCCACAGGAGCCCACUUUCCUAUGGAAGGCUGGAACCCUGCAUCAGAUCCACAUUCCUUUUGGAGGGUCAGAGGCGCGCAUUUCACAUUUUUGUCCCAGGUCACCACUUGUACAUAGCAUAGAUCCAUCCACAACUGCAACAUCAGCUGCCCCUUUUCUCUUUUCUUUUCUUUUCACCUUCCACUCUCUCUUUUCCCCCAGGUUGGUGGCAGAGUUCAAGCGCCUCGGCUCCUCGGUGGUUUACGCCAAUUUCAACCGCAUCAUCCUAUGCACCAAGAAGCGGCGCAUCGAGGAUGCCCUGGCCUACGUGGAAUACAUCACCAACAGGUGCUUCUAGAACCCCUUCAAUUGUCCACCUGGCCCCCCUCCCUUUCUGACGUUCAAAUGCCUGGUGAAGGACCCUGUGUUCAGACGUGCCUUUUGGCUUUGCGCCUAGUCUAAAUCUCCCCAUUGUCUCCUUCACUCCAUUAAGUUCCUUCUUGGUUUCCACUUAUUAGCCACCAUGAAAGGAGACUGACCUUUUUCAUUUUAUUUCUAUUUCGUUGUAAUUUUACCCCGCCUCUCCUCAAAGAAGCUCAAGGAGGUAUACAUCAUCAUCAUUUUAUUCUUUAUACCUCGCUCAUCUGGCUGGGUUUCCCCAGUCACUCUGGGCAGCUUACAGCACAUAAAAAAUGGUAGUAGUUCUGUUCCUCCUCCUCCUUUUGCCCUCACAACAACCCUUUGAGGUAGGUUAGGCUGAGGGAGCUUCAUGGGGAUUUGAACCUGGGUCUCUCAGCUCCUAGUCCAACUCUCUAACCACUGCACCAUGCCAGUUCUCUUUUAAUAUGGGGAGGGUGAUAAAGGCACCCCGGACUUGCCAGCCCAUGCUCCUUGUAGCCUUGUGUCCCUUCAGGGCCAUGGGUGCUACACAACAGACUUGCUUCUGGUCAAGGGAGUGGGCGGCUGAGCUUUUCUCAUAAUCACAUUGUGGCUGUUCUCCUGACAGCUCCAUCUGGGGCCGCGGAGGGAGCUCUCUCUCUGCCUCCCUGAGAGAUUCUGCAUGGCUCACCCUCCUUCCUCUUCCAGCAUCCAUUCAAGAGAAAUCUUCCACUCUUUGACCAUUUCUUUCUCGCGCUGCUGGGAGUUCUUGCUGUGGAUGGACCCAGCUAAUUACGGCGGGAUCAAGGGCAAAGUGCCGUCUCAGAUCCACUACGGGGAGGUAAGAAAACCAGCAAAGAAGGCGCAUUUGGGGAGUACAGUGGUACCUCUGUUGUCAGACGUAAUCCGUUCCGGAAGACCGUCUGACUUCCAAAACGUUCGACAACGGAAGCUCAAAGGGAGAAUUUCAAUUUCAGUGGUGAAAACCAUUCAACUUCCAAGGCACAUUCGAAAACGGAAACAAUUACUUCCAGGUUUUUGAAGUUCGGAAACCAAAACGUUCGGCUUCCGAGACACUCAAAAACUGAAUUACCACUGUACUUGAUCCCCUGGGAUCUCCUGGCUCAGGUCGGGGUGCAGGCUUCUCUGCCUGCCUACACGGAGGAGUGGUGUUCUCUCUCUCCCUAGGUCAGGUGUGGGGAACCCCUGGCCCAAGGCCCCAAUAUGGCCUUCCAAGACUCUCUGUUUGGCCCUUGUGGCUCUUUCCCAGCCACACACCCCUCUCCAAUGUUUCCCCCUGGCUGGAAUAUGUCCUUGAACUCUAACAUUGCCCUUCCUUCUCUGGAUGGAGGAUAGGGAGUUGUGUUUGUAGCAACUAGCCUACUAUACAAAGAUUUUUAUUUUUAUUUUAUUUUUUAAAGUCUAUUGCUCCGCCCACUUUUUCCUCUGGCCCCCGCCCACCACUGCCAUGUGGUUCUGGCAGGUUUCCCAGAAACAAAUGCGGCCCUUGGCCUGAGAAAGGGUUCCCUGCCCCAGGUCCAGAAGCCGAGUGGGAAGGGGGCAUUUGCCAGACUGUCGGCAUUUUGUCUUCCAUCCCCUCCUUGCAGGGGAUCACUGAUAAACAGGCAGUCUCCGUCGAAGGCAGUGAAGAGGAGGAGGAGGAAGAAGAAGAGGAGAAGGAAGAAGGGGCUGAAGAGGACAAUGGCGUGGAAGAACUGCUGGAGAACAAUUGGAACAUCAUGCAGUACCUGCCCCAAGCAGCCUCCUGCCAGAAUUACUUCCUCAUGAUCGUGUCUGGUGAGGAGGAGCUCCUAGGUUUGCCCCAGUGAUUGAAGCUGAAUCCUACCUGGCGGGGAGGACAAAGGGUUUUGCUUCUAGCUCUGAGAGCCCCUCUCCUCCCUCAAGUUCUGCAACACAGAGUCUGCUCAGAUUCCAUUUGCUGCCUGUUUCCCCUAUGACUUGCAUGCUUGCUUAUUUAUUGCAUAAUUUCCCACCUUUCCAAGGAACUCAAGGUAACAUACAUGGUUCUCCCCGUCGUUUAUCCCCCACAACAACCCUGCGAGGUCAUGGUGAUGCUGAGAGGCAGUAACUGGAUCACCCAGUGACCUGGCUUGUGUUUUUCCAGGUCCUCUUCCGACACUCACCACUAUGACAGGGUUUCCCAAACUUGGGUCUCCAGCUGUGGUUUGUUGUUGUUUUUUGGACUACAACUCCCAGCAUCGUUAGCUUUCAGGACCAGUGGUCAGGGAUGAUGGGAAUUGUAGUCCAAAACUACUGAAGGCUCAUGCCGUGGCUCCCAAGAAGGCCCUGCUUAGGGGAAAGCAGUUGCUUGGGUGGGGGGAGGCGAUGCUUGACCCUUCACGUGCCCACCAUUCUUUCCACAAACAGGGGUGAAGCAGGUGGGGCUGGGAGGAGCCAGAGAGGUCCCUGUAAGCAGAGUUUGAGGCAAACGCUUCUCUGCUUGUCCUCUCAUGACUCCAUUGCCAUUUCCCCAGCAUACAUCGUUGCUGUCUACCACAGCAUGAAGGAAGAGAUGCGUCGGAGCGCUCCUGGAAGCACCCCAGUCAAGAGACGAGCAAGCAGCCAAGUCUCCCAGGAGCCUGUGGGAGAGGCAGGUGUCAUGCCUGGUGAGUACCCAGCCAUGUCCCUCCCUGGUCUUGCACCCUUGGGUGAGAUAGCCCAGUCCUGGGGAGUGCUGGGGCGUCUGACUCAAAUCUGGCCUCCACUGUGAAUUAACCAAGAUGGAAGUAACCUUAGGCCAGUUCCCAGUUCCCUCUGCUGACCAACCAAACUCUUAUAGGUAGGGCUUUGAACAAUGUUCUAUAAAUGUUGGAAGUAUUUUUAAUUAUGACUGCUAGGCAAGUCGCUUCUGUCUGUUUUGUGCAUGCAGGUAACUUUGACGUUUUUUAAAAAACCCACAUGCACAAUUUAAAACAAAGCGACAAUUUCCUGAAGGGGUAGGCAGAUCCCUAUGACCAGGUCUCAGUUUCCGCACCCGUGAAAUAGAGAUCUUGUUAUUUACCAUAUUUUUCCAUGUAUAAGACAAUGCUUUUUGCUAAAAAAAAACAAAUUGGCAAAAAUUGGGUGUCGUCUUAUACACGGAUAGUAAAUGCAGAUUAAUGGCGAUUAAUGGCAGCAGUCCCCACCCCUCCAAAAUUGUUUAUUUUGAACUGUAUAAUUGGUUUUGUUGUUUAUGUUUUAAUGUGGUAAGAUUCAGUUUGACUUAUUAUUAACUGAAAUGUCUUUAAUUGAAAAUUAAUAAAAAAUAUUUACAAAAAAAAGGAUUAAUGGCAGCAGCAAGCAGAAGAUUGGCAGCGGUGAUUGGGCGGGUGAUUGGUGGCUGCAGCAAGGCCUGCUGGCAAUUGGCUGCGGCAACUGGGCAGGCGAAGGGCGGGUGGGUUGUUAGUGGCAGCAAGCGGGUAGCCAAUUGGCAGCUGUGGCAAGGUGUCCGAUCGGCAGCGGUGGGCAGGCAGGUGAGCGAUUGGCGGAAGUGACCCCCACCCCCAAUAAAAGCUAAGCAACUUAAUUUCAGGUUAAAAAAAAUAAGGGUUGUCUUAUACAUGGGGGUGUCUUAUACAUGGAAAAAUAUGGUAUUUUCUUUGCUGGCUGAGCCACAUCCCGUUUUCAGAUACAUCUUCUUCCUCUCUCCCGCCCCCUCAGGCAUGAUCACCUUCUCCCAGGAGUACGUCACCAACGAGCUCACCCAGAGCUUCUUCACCAUCACCCAGAAGGUGCAGAAGAAGGUGACCGGUUCCCGACGGACCACGGAGCCCUCCGAGAUGUUCCCUGCUCUGCCCGGCUCCCACCUGAUGCUCAACAAUCCAGCGCUGGAGUUUGUGAAGUACGUCUGCAAGGUGAGCAUCACUGUAGGCAGAGGGGAGAGACAGCUGUGACCAUGUCAGCGGCGGAUGUACUGUGAUCUCACAAUGGGGCCUUGUUCUCUCUCCUGCCCCCUCCCACCUCACUCUGUAAGAGCCCGGUUGGCUCAUCUCCUGUUUCUCUUCUGCCCUCCCACCCCCAAAGGUACUGUCUCUGGACACGAACAUCGCCAACCAGGUGAGCAAGCUGAAACGAGACCUGCUCCGCCUGAUUGAAGUGGGGGAGUUCUCGGAAGAGGCCCAGUUCCGGGACCCCUGUCGCUCUUACGUCAUUCCAGAGAUGAUCUGCAGGAACUGCAACUUCUGCCGAGACCUGGACCUCUGCAAGGACCCAGCCCUCUCUCAGGUACCAGCUAAGUCGUGAUCGCCAAUUGACUCCAAAGCAGGGCUUUUUAGUUUAGAGAACAGGCGAUGGAAGAAUAUGCAGCCUCCCCUCUCUGCUUUUGUUCAGGCUGUUUAUCCUUGCAGUCCCAUACUGUCUACUCUGGGUGGCAGUGGCUCUCUGAGGUUGAAUCCUGACAAGACAGAAGUACUGUUUUGGGGGGACAGGUGGCAGGUGGGUGGGUGUGGAGGACUCCCUGGUCCUGAAUGGGGUAACUGUUCCCCUGAAGGACCAGGUACGCAGCCUGGGAAUCAUUUGGGACUCAUAGCUGUCCCUGGAGGCGCAGGUCAUUUCUGUGUCCAGGGCAGCUGUCUACCAGCUCCAUCUGGUACGCAGGCUAAAGACCCUACCUGCCCGCAGACUGUCUCGCCUGAGUGGUGCAUGCUCUAGUUAUCUCCUGCUUGAACUACUGCAAUGCGCUCUACGUGGGGCUACCUUUGAAGGUAACCAGGAAACUACAACUAAUCCAGAAUGCAGCAGCUAGACUGAAGACUGGGAGUGGCCACCAUAGGUAGGUCCUGAAAGACCAAUGUAGGUCCUGAAAGACCUACAUUGGCUCCCAGUACGUUUCCAAGCACAAUUCAAGGUGUUGACCUUUAAAGCCCUAAACAGCCUUGGCCCAGUAUACCUGAAGGAGCGUCUCCACCUCCAUCGUUCAGCCUGAGGUCCAGCUCCGGUGGUGGCGCCCACCCUGUGGAACGCCCUCCCAUCAAAUGUCAAGGAAACAACUAUCUGACUUUUAGAAGACUUCUGAAGGCAGCCCUGUUUAGGGAAGUUUUUAAUGUUUGAUGUUUUAUUCUGUUUUUAAUCUGUUGGGAGCCACCCAGAGUGGCUGGGGAAACCCAGCCUGAUGGGCAGGGUUUAAAUAAUAAAUAUUAUUAUUAAAUUAUUAUAUAUCAAACCCUUGUGUCCCAGCUGUUACCUGGAUUUUGGGGUGGCUGGUUGAACCCAGAACCACCUUGUGGGAAUGUUAAGGAUAGUAGGAAAAGGGUAUAAUGAAUAAGUAUUAUCCUUCCUUCACUCAUGCUAGUGAGGGAUAUAGCAGAACAGAUUCCCCUCAAUAUAGCAGGAAGCUAGUUUGCAUAUUUGUUUGAAUCUCUUUAGUUAAGUAAUCCAGUCUGUCUUGCCCGGAUGGAUUAUUCCUGGUGUCCCCUUUUGAUCCCUCUUAAAAGAAUAAAGACACAAGAGUCUUUCCUUAAAAAUAACAAGAAGUUUACUCACAUUUCAGUUCACGAUUUGAUCCCUGAAAGGCAGGCUUUACUUAGUAGUUACAUAAUAAUCUGUGAGUUCAUCUCAUAUGGACACUGAACUCAUGUGCUGCUGGCUGAGAGCCAGCAGACAGCAAAAUUAUAUUAAGAGAACAAAAUGGCUGCAGGAGAGCAGCAUGGCAGCAAAAGAUAGAACAAAACAACAGCAGUAUCAAGAUGAACUGCAAGACUGAGAAAAUGGCUGUGUGACUUGGCUCUUUUGUAGAGUCGGCCAGAGCCAUGCCUAGCUCCCAGGUCACAUGCAGGGGGAGGACACUCCAGACCAGUGGAACAGGAAGUUAUACUGGCUGGAGUAACACCCCCCUGCUGUGCCCACUCUAGGGAAACAAGGAAUGUUGCAUUUGACUGCACCAAUGGAUUACAUCCCAUACUUCUUGCAUGCAGCUUCCUGCUCAGCCUGUCCAAUUUGGAGCCCUCUCACAGUCAUUGCUCUCUCUCUCCCCCUUCCCUCCCAGGAUGGCUCUGUGCUUCCUACCUGGGCCUGCUCCAACUGCCAGGCCCAGUACGACUCGGAUGCCAUCGAGAUGGCCCUGGUGGAAGCCCUGCAGAAGAAGCUGAUGGCCUUCACCCUUCAAGAUCUGGUAAGGAGAGACGAGAGGCAAUUCCCAGCUUGCCUGUGGAGCCCCACUUGGCUCCUCAACCACAGUGGGAGCUCCUGCAACCUCCUCGUGCCCCCUUGAAUCCUGACCCUGGAUAGCACUGAAACACAAGCUAGACCAGGGGCCAGGCAUUUAAUGAGACUGGUCUGCUGAAGCUUGGUGGGUGCUGGAGAAGUUUUCUCUGUGCAAUUUCCAUAUUAAGAACUGACAUAUCUUAAAGAAAAGUGUGUGUGCACGCGCACGUAUGCACGCCAGUCUUCCCCAACCUGGUGCACUCCAAAUGCUUUGGACUACAAAUUCCAUUGGUGGACAUCUGUCAGGAAUUCUUUAGCCAUGAUUCCUGCAUUGCAGGGGGUAGAUGACCCUUGGGGGGGUACCUUCAAUCUUGUGAUUCUGUGAUCUAGAGGACACGAAGCUGGGAGAGGCUGACCUAGACAGGCAAGGCACAUACGCACACCACCCUAGUAUACGGGGGAAGCGUUCAGUCAUGCAGUUUCACACCUGCAGUUUUGCAAGCGCUUCCUGUGUGCCCCAUAUCUCAUCCUGCCCUUUGCAACAUCCUGCGCAUUGCAGGGAGUUAAACUAGAAGGCCCUGUGGGUCCCUUCCAACUCUGUGAUUCCAUGAUCUGGACCCACCAAGCCAGGAUGGGGGGUGGUGUUUCUUCUUUCUGGCACUCUGUGUGCAGGCAUGGGCCUCCUGGUCCUUUUUGGCAUUGUGGUUCUGCACUAGAGGAGAGGUUGAGGCUGCUCCACAGCAGGGAGGGCUCAAGCACUGCAAGGUGCGGCAGGGGCAGCAUGUGGACCAGGUAGGCAGACAGGCCAGGGCCUUAUCCCAAGCACCGCUUGUGUUUCAGGUGUGCCUCAAGUGCAAAGGCAUCAAAGACACCCACAUGCCUGUGUACUGCAGCUGCGCUGGAGAUUUCGACCUCCUGCUGCCCACCAAGGUACGUGUUGGUUGACCCUGCCAACCUCCCCUUUUCCACCCUGUUCCUCAAACCAUCACAGUCCCCUUCCCUUGGAUGUGGCUGUUCUCCUCCCAGAAACAUAGGAAGCUGUCAUGUACAGCGUCAAUUUAUUGGUCCAUCUAUCUCAAGAUUGUCUGCACUGACUGGUAGCAGCCCUCCAGGGUUUCAGAAAGAGGGGAUAUUCCCGGUCCUGCAUGGAGAUGCUGGAGAUUGAACCAGCGACCUUUUGUAUUCAAGGCAGGUGCCCACCCACUAACCUAUGUCCCUUCCUGUACCAUGACACUGUGGUCUAAACCACUGAGCCUCUUGGGCUUGCCGAUCAAAAGGUCGGCGGUUCAAAUCCCCGCAACAGGGUGAGCUCCCGUUGCUCUGUCCCAGCUCCAGCCAACCUAGCAGUACGAAAGCAGAGCAGUGCAAGUAGAUAAAAAGGUACCACUGUGGCGGGAAGGUAAACGGCAUUUCCAUGCGCUCUGGUUUCCAUCACGGUGUCCCAUUGUGCCAGAAGCGGUUUAGUCAUGCUAGCGACACGACCCGGAAAGCUGUCUGUGGACAAACGCCAGCUCCCUCGGCCUGAAAGCAAGAUGAGCACCCGCAACCCCAUAGUUGCCUUUAACUGGACUUAACCGUCCAGGGGUCCUUUACCUUUUACCUUGCCUCAAGCAGAUCCAUCCUAUAGAAACUUCCCUACAUUGCUUCUUCUUCUCUUACUUUCACAGGCCUUCUUGGAACAGCUGAAGGUCUUUCAAAGCAUCGCCCGGCACUACAACAUGGGCUACCUGCUGGAGAAUAUUAAAUGGCUGCUUCAGAUGAACCCUCAGCUUCUCUUGUAAGAUGAGGAUGCUACCGCUGUGGACAGGCUGGCGCACACCUGCACCUCAGCGUCAGAGCCCCCCCACACCUGCCAUGGGGUCCUGGGACCUAGACUAUUCUCCUGGCCAGGCUGCAGGUUCAGCUUCGCCCGCCCUGGGACAAAAAUAUUCAGAGGCUUGACGAUUGUUGCAUGCUGCAGGGAAGCAGGCAACGCCUUCUGGCGAGCGAAUCGGGGGGGGGGGGGGGCUACCGUCUUCUGAAACCAAGACCAGGAGCAAGUGAAGAGGCCUCCACAAAUCGGCUACCUAACUUGCUGCUUCUUUGAUCUCCUUUUGCUGGGAUUUGGGAGUACAAGAUACAGAAAAAAACCUUCAAUUACGGAGCUCUCUUUUUUUUGCCCCAAUUUUAUUCUGUGUUUGUGUGUGUGUAUUUUUAAUGCUGUAAAUAAAUCCUUUUUCCACAUUGUUAAUGGCUAAUGUGCUAGAUGCCUAGUCCUACAGACACACACUCUCAAUCCUGCUCUUGCUACUCU